AGUGCUAUAUUUAUCCUGGUCUGGGAAUGAAGCCAAUCGUAUAUAAACUGCUAGUUUCAAAAUGUUAAGUCAGAAUGUCAUAAGAUCUCAGAGUCAAGGAAAAAAUAUUUGUUAAUAAUAGAAGUUUUGACUGCCUCUUUAAAUUCUUAAAUAGAACAUAUAUUGCUUUUAAGUUGCCAGUCCGAACAGUCCUGAACACAUCUAAGGAGGUGAGUUGGCAAUGUGUAUAUAUCACUGGGUGCUAUGGCUAUUUAGGGUGGCAUGAAUAUUCAACAUUAAUGCAGUGUGUUUUGUUGAUAUUCAGAUUAAAGCAAAGCGGAUUUCUUUAGGGGUUUAUACUGCUUAGUGAAUUACAAUUCCUGCAUGAUAUCCUGUGGAUAAAAUGCUAUUUAUGAAGCAGGGUAAAGUCAGGGUAGUUGGUGUUAGGCAGGUAUGCUCUACAUGUGGUAUAUUCAUAAAUGCAGUAUUUGACAGUAGGUGCUGGCUACUCACUGUUAGUGAAUGGGUGAUGUUGUACCUGAAAUAUGGAUGCCAGGGUCCCACAUUCUCAAAUUUGCCAACUAUGGGGACAAGACACUAGGACAACACAAAGAGCACUUCAGAUGGGGACAGGUAACAUUGACAUUACCAAAUUGUGUGCUUCACAGCAAAUAUUCAGUGUUAUAUAAUGGAUGCUGUGGAUAUUCAGUGUGUAGUAUUUCAUUAUCAUAAUUAUAUAUAUUGUAAAAUUCCACAGCUCUUUACAAUUUCAGAAAGAGGUUUAUUAAAGGUAAAGAAGGCUCUACCAGCUUACAAUCUAUGAGCAUUUGGGGAGUCAGAUAUUUGUCAUUUGGUGUCUUGCCCAGGAUUAGAUGGUUUGACAAGGAUUCCAGUUCUAAGGUAGUGGCAUUUCCCCUGUCAUGUGAUCUGGGGAUAUUCCAUGUAAGGUAUCUACAGGUCUGACGUGGCGGGCUUACAUGUAAUGGCCAUUGCAGUUACAAAAUAACCUCAAUUUAUUGAAAUACAUAGGGAUUUGGGUCAUUCUUUCUUUCUUUGAUUUUUAUUGUAUGUAUUGGGGCUGCUGUGUGUUAUGGUCAUGGCUGCUGCCCAUGAGUAGUAGGAGUUUUUACGCUGGACUUAAUUUUGUGUUUUUAUAAAAGGUUUAAUACUGUCUGCUAAAUGUUUAAAACUAGCAACUGAGCAGCUAUAUUCACACUGUUUAUGCAGCAGUAGUCACACUUCACCUUGCUGUUACUUACACCACCUGCAUUAAAAUAAAUAAGGUCUGACUUUCAAUGAGAUACUUUAAAUGUUUUCAUCUCCCGCUGUCUAAAUUGCUCUCUAAAUUUUAAUCACACACAGUAGGCUCCUACAGUGGCUAUCAUGCUAUUAACAGUGCAGGGGAUAAGACAUUUUAAAUUAAACAGAAUUUGCAAUAAAGAAAGUAUAAACAUUAGAUGACUAGAUACAGGAAGUGCUUAGGUAGGCUGUGAAAGUCACAUGCAUGACUAGGGUGCAUAAGCAAAGUGGUUUGUCUCCUAAAUGGCAGAGAAUUUAACGGGGAGACUCCAGGGGCAUGAUCUAUAUCCCAAAACAGAUGCAUUAAGCUAAAGUUGUUUUGGGAACUAUAGUGUCGCUUUAAGGAUACCAAAUUAGGGGCUGUUGUAUUUAGUAGAUAGCUCCCUAAUUUGGUAUCCUUUAAAUGACACUCCUUAAGGAAAAAAGGCCCAAAUGAUUAAGUUUUCACCAUGCAAUCUAAACGCUGUUUUGGGGGGCAAGAAUACCCAAAAUACUUUAUUUAUACUCAGCAGUGUCUGUUUCCGACAUUACCAACACCACUGUAUCCAUUGACCCCAUCUUGCUUUAGGGAGACUGUCCUGAGUCAUGGUACUUACAUCCCUGUUUUUUUGAAAUUUAAGACCAUGCAAAAGCUAAGAAAAGUUUUUUAAGGUUGUUUCCCAGCCGGCAAUCCAUUCAUUCCUGGCUACCAUUGCCCUUAUGAAGGUAUAUUUCAGUUGUAGGUAGUUUGUGCACAGCCUCACCUGAUACCUGUACAGCACGCCUGGUCUAGAGGCUGUACCCAUUGGUGGUGAGAGUUUCAAGAAAGCUCUUAUGUUCCUCAGUCCUCAAAUAACUUGCCUAUUUACCAGUAUUAGUUGUUUGUAGCAGGCUUGGUUACCCUUUCGGGCUGCUUGCACAAGGUUUACUGCAUGUAAAGUGGUAUAAUCCACAUCUCCGGUAGGCGGUACCAGUCAGACUUCAUACAUAAAUUUGGUCUUUGUUUUGUAAUAUUGCUUUGUAAUUGUCAGGAAAGUGACAGGGAUCCAAUACGCAGAGUGCGCACAGAAUGAGGUACGUAUACCGGACCUUAGAAUGGCCGGACUAACGUAAGGACAAAGCAAGAAUAGUCAAAAGGUAAGCCGAGGUCAAGGGAGCCGGAGGACAGGUAAGCGAGAUACAAGCCGAGUCAAAGGAGAGGAGAGGACAACAGGACAAAAGACAAGCAAGGGUCAAAACCGGAAACACAAGAUAAAGAACGCGCUGAGUGACUAGCAAGCUAGAACCACGACAGGGCAAUGAGCAGUAGUAAAGGUUUCCUUUAAAUACCCUGUUACCUAAAUAGAGACCACGCCCCCAAAAGGUCCGGAAUAGCGGUUCCCGGCACUUUAUGCAAAUGCCGACGUCAUGACGUCGACGCUAGCCGUCGCGUCAUAAAAGGGGGAGGAGCUAGCGCGGCCGGCGCGAAAACGGCCGGAAUAUGCCGAAAUGCUAGGGGAAGGGAGCCCCUAAGCAGAGAGGAUGUCCUCCCUGGAUACAUCACCAACAGGUACCCUGACAGUACCCCCCCUUCUAGAAACGCCCACCGGGCGGAUGGGACCUGGCUUAGAAGGAAAACGAACGUGGAAGGCCCGUAGAAGACGAGGAGCAUGCACGUCUAUACCAGGAACCCAAGACCUCUCUUCUGGACCAUAACCUUUCCAGUCUAUGAGGUAUUGCAGCUUCCCCCUAGAAAUACGAGAAUCAAGGAUGGACUUGAUGAUAUAUUCCUCCUGACCAUCCACACGGACCGAGGAUGGAGGAGUAGAGCGGGAGGAAAAUCUGUUACAAACAAGAGGUUUCAAUAACGACACAUGAAAAGAGUUAGGGAUGCGUAGAGUAGGAGGUAGGUCCAGCAAAUAAGAAACCGGGUUGAUCCUCCUCAGUACCCUGUAAGGACCAAUGUAACGAGGAGCAAACUUCAAGGAAGGAACUUUCAGGCGAAUGUGUCUGGUACACAACCAGACCCUAUCCCCCGGAGAAAAAAUAGGAGCAGGACGUCUACGCCUAUCAGCAUGUGACUUAAACACCGCGGAACUACGUUCAAGAAUUUGUCGAGUCUGAUCCCACAACUUUCUCAGGUUGGCUAUAUGAAUAUCAACCGACGGUAUACCCUGGGAAGGAGACACCGACGGAAGAACAGUAGGGUUAAAGCCAUAGUUCAAGAAAAAGGGGCUAUUAUGAGUGGAACCACAAACAAGGUUGUUGUGAGCAAACUCCGCCCAAGGAAUCAGACCGACCCAGUCAUCCUGGUGUUCAGAAACAAAACAACGUAGAUAUUGCUCAAUUUUUUGGUUAGUGCGUUCGGCUGCUCCGUUAGAUUGAGGAUGAUAGGCCGAAGAAAAAUUCAGUUUGAUGCCCAACUGUGAACAGAAGGAUCUCCAAAAACGGGAAAUAAAUUGGGAACCCCUGUCUGACACAAUCUCAUUGGGAAUACCAUGUAAACGGAAAAUUUCUCUAGCAAAUAUCACGGCCAGUUCGGGGGAGGACGGAAGUUUAGGCAAGGGAAUGAAAUGAGCCAUUUUAGUAAACCUGUCAAGGACCGUGAGAAUAACUGUAUGCCUAUUGGAAGCUGGUAGAUCAACAAUAAAAUCCAUAGCCAAGCAAGCCCAAGGUUUGUUGGGAACGACUAAGGGCUGCAAUAAACCACAAGGGAGAUCCCGCGGAAGUUUAUUCCUGACACAAACAUUGCAAGCCUUGACAAAGUCUUCCACAUCCCUACGUAAACCGGGCCACCAGAAGUCUUUUGAGAUCAGGCAGUAAGUUUUGUGGAUGCCGGGGUGACCAGCGAUCUUGCUAUCGUGGAAACAGCGAAUAAUGUCCACUUGGAAUUUGGGAGACACGAACAAGCGGCCCACAGGAGUACGUUCGGGAGCAAGAGAUUGUUCGUUCUGAAUAUCAGCGAGCAAUGGAGAGUGUAUUUUGACAUUGGUGUUGGCGAUAAUAUUGACUUCAGGAAUAAUAGGGAACAAAGUAUCCUCUGUAGAGGUGAUAGGUUCGUGCUGACGUGACAAAGCGUCUGCCUUAGUGUUCUUAGAACCAGGCCUGUAAGUAAGCACAUAAUUAAAGUGUGUAAGGAACAUAGACCAACGUGCCUGCCUGGCAGAUAAUCUUUUGGCCUCCCCCAUAUACGAUAAAUUUUUGUGGUCAGUCAAGAUAGUAACUGGGAGGACGGUGCCCUCUAACAAAUGUCUCCAUUCCUUUAAUGCCAUAAUGAUAGCUAAAAGUUCUCUAUCACCAAUGUCAUAUCUCCUUUCAGUGUGUGACAGUUUCUUGGAAAAAAAACCGCAAGGGUGCAGCGGCUUAUCUAAACUUUGUCUUUGGGAUAACACUGCGCCUAUCCCUGUUUCAGACGCAUCAACUUCAAGUAAAAAGGGUAGAGAGGUAUCAGGAUGAACUAAUACAGGUGCUGAGGCAAAAGACUGUUUGAGCGUUUCGAAAGCAGAUAAAGCCUCAGUAGACCAGGUUUUGGUAUCGGCUCCUUGUUUGGUCAUAUUAGUGAUAGGAGCGAUAACAGAGGAGUACCCUUUAAUAAAACGUCUGUAAUAAUUAGAAAAUCCAAGAAAUCUUUGUAUGGCUUUGAGUCCCUUAGGUAAAGGCCAAUCUAAAAUCGAUUUUAGUUUGGUCGGGUCCAUCAUAAACCCGUCUUUGGAAAUUACGUAACCUAAGAAAGUUACCUGAGACUGGUCAAAGCUACAUUUUUCCAAUUUACAAUACAACCCAUGUUGUAAAAGUUUCUGUAAUACCUUUCUGACUUGUCUAUGAUGUGAAUUAAUGUCUCUAGAAUGGAUUAGUAUAUCAUCCAAAUAUACAAUUACACAUUCAUGUUGGAAUUCUCUAAGAACUUCAUUGAUCAAGUCUUGGAAGACGGCCGGGGCGUUACAAAGCCCAAACGGCAUUACGGUAUACUCAUAAUGCCCGUAACGGGUAUUAAAUGCUGUCAUCCAUUCAUCUCCUUGUUUAAUUCGCACUAAGUUAUAUGCUCCCCUUAAGUCAAGUUUAGUAAAAAUACUCGACCCCUUUAGUCUGUCAAAGAGUUCAGUAAUCAAAGGAAUAGGGUAAGCAUUUCUGAUAGUAAUUUUGUUCAAUCCCCGAUAGUCUAUACAAGGACGUAAGGUACCGUCUUUCUUUUCUACAAAAAAGAAACCCGCCCCCGCCGGAGAAGAAGACUUUCUAAUAAAUCCCUUGUCUAAAUUCUCCUUGAUAUAUUCCUCUAAAACUAAGUUUUCCUUGGUGGAUAGAGGGUAUACCGUACCCCUGGGAGGCAUAGUACCAGGGAAAAGUUUAAUAGAACAGUCAUAAGACCGGUGGGGAGGUAAAGUAUCCGCCUUACCCUUGUCAAAUACAGAUUUGAGGUCUAGAUAUUGUAAUGGUAUCUGAACGUCUGUGGAUUGAGAAGUGUUAGCAUAAGAGUUCACGGGGCAAACAGAAGUAACUCUCUGCAGACAUUCUUUCCUACAACCCAUACCCCAAGAAACGAUUUCUCCACCCUCCCAGUCAAUCUGAGGGUUGUGUCUCUUGAGCCAAGAAUAUCCUAGAACCACUGGGACUGCCGGGGAGGAAAUUAACAGAAGGGAAAUCAACUCUUCGUGGAAAAUACCAACAGUAAGCUUAACGGGUUCGGUCUCAUGGAAUAUUACUGGUUCAGAUAAAGGUCUACCAUCUAUGGCCUCAACGGCCAAGGGUGUAUCUCUCAAUUGGAAUGGGAUACAAUGCAUAUUAGCGAAAGUUUGGUCUAUAAAGCUUUCUGCUGCUCCAGAAUCUAAUAAUGCCAUCGUAGUAAUAAACCCCUUUUCCCAAGCUAGAGAGACAGGAAUCAGAAGCCUAUGGUCUUUUUUAUUAUGCAUAGAGGACAGUAAUGAAACACCCAAGGCCCGUCCUCUAAGGGAACUUAGGUGCGAGCGUUUCCCGGACGAUUAGGGCAACUAAGACGUAGGUGACCUCUCAGCCCGCAGUAUAAACAGAGACCCUCCCUUCUUCUGUACUGUCUCUCAGCCUCAGAUAAGCGAGUAUUACCUAUUUGCAUAGGUUCUGGUGGAGUAGGAUUAUAGGAGUCAGGGUUCUGAAAUGAGGGAGCGAGUCUUACAGGAAGUCUAGUAACUCUUUCCCGAGUGUUCUGCCUCUGUCUCAUGCGUUCAUCUAUUCUGGAAAUGAAGGAUACUAAAUCCUCUAAAUUUUCCGGAAGUUCUCUAGUGGCAAUUUCAUCUAGAAUUUCAUCAGACAACCCAUUCAAGAAAACAUCCAUAAAAGCUUGUUCGUUCCAUUUCACUUCUGCUGCCAAUGAUCUAAACUCUAGAGCAUAUUCUACAAGGGUCCUAUCUUGUUGUUUAAGGCGUAACAGGGAUCUGGCCGCAUUAAUCUUCCUCCCUGGGGGGUCAAAGGUUCUUCUAAAAGCCGUGACAAACGCAGUGUAGUUGUAGACUAAAGGAUUGUCAUUCUCCCAAAGGGGAUUGGCCCAUCUAAGUGCUUUAUCUAUUAGCAGGGUUAUAAUAAAGCCUACCUUAGCCCUGUCAGUGGGGUAAGCCCGGGGUUGUAGUUCGAAAUGUAUACUUAUCUGGUUUAAAAAACCACGACAAGCAUCAGGCGAACCCCCAUAUCGUAAUGGUGACGUGACAUGGGAAGAUGCGCCUACAGUGGCUACUUCCAAACCAGUACUUAGCGAGUGGCUAGCAGUGGAACGUAUUUCUUCAGACUGGGUACUGGAGCGUGUCAACAAAGUUUGUAACGCUAAAGCCAUUUGGUCCAUUCUAUGGUCCAUGGCCUCAAAUCUGGGGUCAGGAGGACUAGCACCUGCAGGAUCCAUCAUGGCCCUGUCGUAAUGUCAGGAAAGUGACAGGGAUCCAAUACGCAGAGUGCGCACAGAAGGAGGUACGUAUACCGGACCUUAGAAUGGCCGGACUAACGUAAGGACAAAGCAAGAAUAGUCAAAAGGUAAGCCGAGGUCAAGGGAGCCGGAGGACAGGUAAGCGAGAUACAAGCCGAGUCAAAGGAGAGGAGAGGACAACAGGACAAAAGACAAGCAAAGGUCAAAACCGGAAACAAGAUAAAGAACACGCUGAGUGACUAGCAAGCUAGAACCACGACAGGGCAAUGAGCAGUAGUAAAGGUUUCCUUUAAAUACCCUGUACCUAAAUAGAGACCACGCCCCCAAAAGGUCCGGAAUAGCGGUUCCCGGCACUUUAUGCAAAUGCCGACGUCAUGACGUCGACGCUAGCCGUCACGUCAUAAAAGGGGGAGGAGCUAGCGCGGCCGGCGCGAAAACGGCCGAAAUAUGCCGAAAUGCUAGGGGAAGGGAGCCCCUAAGCAGAGAGGAUGUCCUCCCUGGAUACAUCACCAACAGGUACCCUGACAGUAAUAUGUCAUAGCUGUGGUGUAGAUCCUUCCAUGUGGUGGCAACUCACCUUUACUUUCCCUCAUGUAUUCCAUGGCCUAUGGUUGCUCAUCUUAAAUGAUGGAUAAUUACUCCUAAUGUGACCCACUGUUGACAGGAGUAAGAGUGCAUUCCUGCUCAAGAGACCUGAGAGGAUAGCAGACUUGGAGGGUUGAUUGAGGGUAUUUGUCAAGCUGCAGAACAAUGCUGGACUGCCAGUAAAUGAAUGAUUUUUUGAAGUUCAGGAGUAGGCAGGUCACGUCUCCUGGUAGCAGUGUAUUCAUCAGCCAAUCUACCAAAUAUCUCAUACUGUAAGAGAGUGGCGGUGUACAGUCCAUUAUCUGACCUCUGUGGGGAAAAUACUGCAGCAGAAGCAAUAGCAUUCCCCAUUUCACCGUGGACACUUGCCAUCCUUGCCACCAUUUAGAGGCAGCCAGAUAUAACUGAUAUGCCCAUUACAUGUAUGUGUCACAUUACUUUUCCACAAGUCUCUAAACUUUCAGACUCCAGGGCAGAGGCGUAACUAGAAACCAUGGGGCCCCGGUGCGAAAAUUGCCCUGGGCACUAUCCAUACAUCUACCCAGCCACCUCCAAUACAUUUAUCCUCCCCCUCCCAUACAUUGCCCCCACACAUGCAGACAAACAGAUACACAUGCAGACACACACAUAGAGACACACACAUAUACAGCGAGACACAAGCACACACCUACAUACACAGACAUACACACACACACACAAAUACAGGCACACAUACAUACAAGCACACAUUCAGACACACAUACAUGCAUACAGACACAUACAUACAAACACAGACAGACAUAUAAACACAUGAACACAUACAUGCACACACACAUACAUACAUACAUACACACACAUUCACACAUACAGACACAAAGAAAAACAGACAGGCAUACACACACACAUACAUACAGAGAGACAUUCAUACAGACACACAUACAUAUACAUACAUACAUACAUACAAACAAACACACACAUAUACAAAAUGUUUUAGUCACCCUCCCGUUUCCUAACUUUUAGGUGCAGGAAAGUGACAUUCCCUGGGGUCCAGUGGCUCAGCCCCCACUCUUACUCCCUCCUUUCCUUCCUCCUGCAUGGCUCCAGGUGGUUGCUAGAAGAAAGUGACUGGGCAGUCACUUCUUCCCAGCUCUGAUGUCAUCACAGGGGGAACGGUCACACUGUUAAAGUGCCACAGUGCUGACUGGGCCCCCUGAAAAUUAAUUUCCAUUGGGUGGCCCUAAACAUGCGGCCCCAUCGGUUCUACCGCGCAGGCCGGGUCCGGAACACAUGGUGGCGGGCACAGUGGAUACAGGGGUCCGUAGGGUGGCCGGGCCCCCUGAAGUGGCAUGCCCGGUGGCAGCUGCGACCCCUGUGACCAUGGUAGUUUCGCCACUGGUCCAGGGUUAUGUCAUAGUGGACUAGUCAACACUCUUUCACAAUAUUGUAGUUCAUACAGAGACCAACUGGAACAGGUCUAUGGGAUGCUGCCGUCCAGACAGUUUGUAACCCAAUUAAAGUGCAAACCUAAUAAAGUGAUAUAAAUAUUGUGCAGUUUUACUUUAAAUAUACAAUGCUAUAUAUCUAUACACAUUCCACUCUGAAAAAAUAUAUAUAAUUUAAUCUACAAAAGAAAAAACAUAUCCAUAGUGCAAAAUUGUAUAGACAGAAAUAGUGUUAAAAAUCCCACCUAAUUGGCUCUAUGUUUCACAAGCUCUGAAUGCAGAGGUGUAAAGUACCCCACAUGGCUGUUUGUUCUUCUUUGGAUGACAGUUGCAGUAGUAUAUUAAUAAGAAACCCUAAAAAGAGUGGGCUUUAACGCAGAAGGACGACAUAGCACACCCAGCCGUCUGUCCUGCCACCAUAAACUUACCUGACUCGGCAAUCCGUGAUGAUCCCAGUCGGGGGGGGUGGGGGGACUGCCUGUGCUGUCCCACCUCUAUCGCCCUCCAGGGCCAUGUGAUCAUGAUGAUCACAUGGCCACAAUUCCUAUAAUGAGUACAUAUAUAUUUAAUACACACACACAUAUACAGUUGCAAGAAAAAGUAUGUGAACCCUUUUGAAUGAUAUGGAUUUCUGCACAUAUUGGUCAUAAAAUGUGAUCUGAUCAUCAUCUAAGUCGCAACAAUAGACAAUCACAGUCUGCUUAAACUAAUAACACACAAAGAAUGAAAUGUUGCCAUGUUUUUAUUGAACACACCAUGUAAACAUUCACAGUGCAGGUAAAAGUAAGGUGGAAAAAGUAUGUGAACUCCUAGACUAAUGACAUCUCCAAGAGCUAAUUGGAGUGAGAUGUCAGCCAACUGGAGUCCAAUCAAUGAGAUUAGAUUGGAGGUGUUGGUUACAGCUGCCCUGCCCUAUAAAAAACACACACCAGUUCUGGGUUUGCUUUUCACAAGAAGCAUUGCCUGAUGUGAAUGAUGCCUCGCACAAAAGAGCUCUCGGAAGUACUACAAUUAAGAAUUGUUGACUUGCAUAAAGCUGGAAAGGGUUAUACAAGUAUCUCCAAAAGCCUUGCUGUUCAUCAGUCCAUGGUAAGACAAAUUGUCUAUAAAUGGAGAAAGUUCAGCACUGCUGCUACUCUCCAUAGGAGUGGCCAUCUUGUAAAGAUGACUGCAAGAGCACAGCGCAGACUGCUCAAUGAGGUGAAGAAGAAUCCUAUUGUGUCAGCUAAAGACUUACAAAAGUCACUGGCAAAUUCUAACAUCCCUGUUAGUGAAUCUACAAUACGUAAAACACUAAACAAGAAUGGAUUUCAUGGGAGGAUACCACAGAGGAAGCCACUGCUGUCCAAACAAAACAUUGCUGCAUGUUUACAGUUUGCACAAGAGCACCUGGAUGUUCCACAGCAGUACUGGCAAAAUAUUCUGUGGACAGAUGAAACCAAAGUUGAGUUGUUUGGAAGAAACACACAACACUAUGUGUGGCGAAAAAAAGGCACAGCACACCAACAUCAAAACCUCAUCCCAACUGUGAAGUAUGGUGGUGGGGGCAUCAUGGUUUGGGGCUGCUUUGCUGCGUCAGGGCCUGGAUGGAUUGCUAUCAUCGAAGGAAAAAUGAAUUCCCAGGUUUACCAAGACAUUUUGCAGGAGAACAUAAGGCCAUCUGUCUACCAGCUGAAGCUGAACAGAAGAUGGGUGUUGCAACAGGACAAUGACCCAAAGCAUAGAAGUAAAUCAACAACAGAAUGGCUUAAACAGAAGAAAAUACGCCUUCUGAAGUGGCCCUGACCUGAACCCGAUUGAGAUGCUGUGGCAUGACCUCAAGAAAGCGAUUCACACCAGACAUCCCAAGAAUAUUGCUGAACUGAAACAGUUCUGUAAAGAGGAAUGGUCAAGAAUUACUCCUGAAUGUUGUGCACGUCUGAUCUGCAACUACAAGAAACGUUUGGUUGAAGUUAUUGCUGCCAAAGGAGGUUCAACCAGUUAUUAAAUCCAAGGGUUCACAUACUUUUUCUACCUGUACUGUGAAUGUUUACAUGGUGUGUUCAAUAAAAAUAUGGCAACAUUUCCUUCUUUGUGUGUUAUUAGUUUAAACAGACUGUGAUUGUCUAUUGCUGUGACUUAGAUGAUGAUCAGAUCACAUUUUAUGACCAAUUUGUGCAGAAAUCCAUAUCAUUCCAAAGGGUUCACAUACUUUUUCUUGCAACUGUAUGUAUAUAUAUAUAUAUAUAGCAAUUGAGUUGUGGUGGGGAAAAAAGUGUAGAUGAAAACCCCUUCCACCUGAAGUAAGUGGAUAGUUAAUACAUUGCUAAACACAAAUACACACACCAGUCAAGUCAUAAGACUUGCUUUUUCCACAGAAAUCUCACUUUAACAGUGCUCUCACUACUGCAAGGGUUUCUGGGUAUGGUCCACAUUUGAUCUUGAGAAAGACCUGAAUAGGUCAAAACGUUGAUCAUUCAUUUUCUGCACAAAUAAACCUGAAACACAAUAUUAAGUCCAGAAGUGCAUUUAUAUACAUCGCAGGUUUGCACCAUGGCAGAAACAUUUUGUCUAUACUUAUAGGAAGAGUGCCAAACUUACUUGUAUUUGAACAUAUAUGGGAGCAUAUACAUCAUGAGUUAGCUCUGCCCCUUACAGCCGAUAGGACAGAAAAAACACCAAAGGCUUUAACAGGAGGCUCCAUUCCUAAGGUUCUCAGUCUUUUUCCUGUCCUACAGCCCUUACGAUGUGAGCAUUUUGCUCCCUUUACUUAUGGAAAAAUUUGGAAUUUGAUGUAUAUAUUUUACCUGUUUUCAACUUUCUUCAAGGUAAUUCAAAAGGAGACAGUGGAAGGCCACGUCGACUCUAAAUUCCUCUGAUGAGUAAGAUGAAUCUGGAACUUCCAAGGGAAAUUCCAGUACAUUCAGACCUAUUACAAGGUCACUUGACACACCAAAUCCUCAAGUUCUGGUGUUGAUGCAGAAGUCUCUAUAAGUAUAGGCAUCCCUGAAACGAUCGUCAAGGUCUUCUUACAGUCCUAUAAAUACUUUACAAACCUUGGCAUGCAUUUGUCUGUUGGUCUCAAAAAUAGAUGUUUGAAGUACUCCUCAUUCAGGCAUAGAAAGGGUCUGAGUUAUAAUACUCACUCUAGAGGAGCACAUAUCUGCACUUUCCACGUUGAUGGGUGCCCAUUGAACAUUGGAGCUCUUGGUGCUUUACUUCAUGUAAGCGUCACGUCCUGUUCCUGUUGCGGAUCAUUUCUGGCCAUGGCUUCUGGUAUCCAGUACUCUUUUUACAAUUCUUGUUUAGUUUUUCUGGUUUUCUAUUCUGUCUGGUUUUCUGUAUGUUGGGUUUUCUGGGUUCAUUCCUUUAUUCCAUUCCAGUCUCUUGGAUUCCUUUACAUGUUUGAUUUAUGUUGCCACACCCAUUCCUUUGCCAUUAAUCCUUUUGUUUCAGUCUGUUCCUGCAGUCAGUGGUUUAAUUUCCUCUGUCCUUUUCUUAGCAGUACUGUGUGUGUUUUAUUGUUUUUUUAGUCAUGCAUAUCUAGGCAGUUAGAACCCACCGUAAUUGGAGUACUUUGGCGCAGUGGUGGGCUGCAUCCAUCUUGGCCAUUUAUAUAUGUCUAAUUCUCCAAUGUUUUACUUAGUUAUGUCUCCUCUUGUUUUGCCUUAUAUCUCUUGUCUUGUUUUAUUUUGUAUUCCCAAUCCAUGUACAGUCCUGUCCUGCCCAUGUUCUGUUAAUGUUUCCCUUAUGUAUUGUGUACAUGUUCUGGGUUCUGCUUUUUAUCCUUCUCCAGUUCUGGGUUCUUCUAGUUUUGUCUUGUUUUCUUGUUUGGUGCCUAUUCUAGUCUUACCUUGUUUCUAGUAAUAGAUACAAAUUAGCAUAACAUCUAGCUCCUGGCAUCCUUAUAAGCUACAUCAGGGUUCUGGUAAGUGUCCUCACAAACGCUGGUGCUCAACAACAGGGGGCAAGUGGUUACCCAGCACCAGGCCCUAAUUGUCCACUUCAACACUGUGGCUCCUAUCAUUUACAUCAGGCACACAGGGGUCCUGGUCUUCGGACCGCCACCCAUGACAGUGACGUACCACUGGUUUAACAGGCUUUGACUAAACCAUCAUUCGAACCUCUAGCAGGAGCUUCGAUGGUGGUAGCACAGAAAGUGUUAUUGCUGAUGGCUGGUACCUCUGCAAGGAGAAUGUGUGGACUCCAGGCUUGGUCCUGUGAACCCCCAUUCACUAAUUUUCAACAGAAUAUGGUUGUCUUGCAUUUAGCACCAGAGAUCCUGUGUAAGGUGAAAGCUUAUGCUGCCACUAUGCGGAAGGAAUGUCCUGAGUAAUGAUUUGCAUUUAGGCCCAUUCUGGUUAAGAGCAAACGGACAUGGAGCAUGAAUUUGGCAGAGGUAGGAGUGUAACCAUGUAGCUCUAAUAGUGGUUGAAGUGGUUGUUUGUGAAAGGUAUCGAAGUAUGCAUCCAAAACUUUACCCGAACACCAUUUGUUGUAGGUAGGGAAAAGGGGUAUGUCAACAGUGCGUACCCUUUGGCUGGUUUUGGAAUGGUAAAGAGACAGAAUAUAAUGGUCUCUGGAUUUGUAAAUAUCUGCUAUUUUAAGGUAGUCUGUGGUGGCAAUAUUGCUGGAGGUAAAUUCCCCUGGAUGUAGGAAUCCGUAAAAGGCCAGACAGAUGGCUGUUUAAUUACCAUGUUGGUUCUAUGUUCGAAUCGUGCAGUAUCUAACAGGUCGUAUAAUGACUGGAAGAUUUUGUUGUGGAUGGGUAAUCUUUUAGGGGGUAGGUAUGUUUGUGCCUGUUGGGCUGCCUCCAGCAGUGUCUUUAUCUGGUAAGAUGAAAGGAAACUGGUUUUGUCGGGGUGUUGUAACAACAUGUUGUGUUGUAUGCCCAUUAAAUACAAUUUGAUAGUGUUAAAAGAUAACUUUAAAUUAAAGUGGCAAAAAGCAAGCGAACACCAACAUGGUCUCCAAAGCAAAAGUGUCCCGAACCUGAAAUUCCGCCACAAAUCUGGUAAAAAUGUGAAAUGCCCUAUCGUAGGUUUUCCUGGAGCUGACAGAAAGUGCCAAGUGGGAUAGAGUGUGAGCCUGGGUCCACAGCGUAGUCAAUCCAGGAGCAUGUCCCAGAAUAGAGGCCAGGGGUAGCCGUGCUGGAAGCGGUGUGUAGAGCCUGGAGGAAAGCCUGGAAGUGAAAAUGAUACAAGCGGUCAGCAGCAACAUUUUGUCAGGGUACCUGUUGGUGCUGAAUCCAGGGAAGACAUCCUCUCUGUUUAGGGGCUCCCUGCCCCUAGCAUUUCGGCAUAUUCCGGCCGUUUUCGCGCCGGCCGCGCUAGCUCCUCCCCCUUUUAUGACGCGACGGCUAGCGUCGACGUCAUGACAUCGGCAUUUACAGAAAGUGCCGGGAACCGCUAUUCCGGACCUUUUGGGGGCGUGGUCUCUAUUUAGGUAACAGGGUAUUUAAAGGAAACCUUUACUACUGCUCAUUGCCCUGUCGUGGUUCUAGCUUGCUAGUCACUCAGCGCGUUCUUUAUCUUGUGUUUCCGGUUUUGACCCUUGCUUGUCUUUUGUCCUGUUGUCCUCUCCUCUCCUUUGACUCGGCUUGUAUCUCGCUUACCUGUCCUCCGGCUCCCUCGACCUCGGCUUACCUUUUGACUAUUCUUGCUUUGUCCCUACGUUAGUCCGGCCAUUCUAAGGUCCGGUAUACGUACCUCCUUCUGUCCGCACUCUGCGUAUUGGAUCCCUGUCAGUAUCCUGACACAUUUGUGACGCCUGGGAGAUUAAUACAAGGGAUAAAAAAAAUCUGCUGGCCACCACCCAUGUGAAUCUCCUCAAAAACUUCAUAAUAACUAGGGAGGAGGACUGGCCCCUAUUGACGAUGUGGAAAGUGGCCAGGUUGUCAAAAUGGCAUCUGACAGAGCGACCGGCCCAAUCUGACCCCCAUGCAUUAGCAGUGGCCACAAUGGGGUACAGUUCAAACAAGGCCGACAUAGUAGAGAAGCCGGGGCAGGGACCCAAACUCCCUAGGCCACGGACCCCAGAGCCAUUUGUCACCGCAGAUAGUCGUGAAGCUAGUGCUGGCCACCGCAUUAUUCCAGAGGGUGUGUGAAGAGUCGGAAAUAGGGGGGCUGAACAUGGCGUGCCCAUUCCAAGAAGGAAAGUGUGCCACAUGCAUAAAUCGGCAGUCAUGUGUUUUUCAAUCAUGGUGCGUGAGUCGUCAGAGUGGAGGUUUGGAAAUAAGGCCAGCAAUCGUGAAAUUAAAAAUCUGCCCUCGGGAAUGAUUCUCAUGGCAAAAUUGAGCGACCCCAGCAAGGACUGAAGUCCUCUCCGGUUGCAAGAACACAGAUGUAAGCAUAACUCAAUGCUAGCAAGGGAGCGCUCAAUCUUUUUGCGGGGAAGACUGGUGCGCAUGUGGACUGAAUCAUGUUGAAUCCCCAGAAAACGGAUAACAGUGUCCAGGCCUUCCGUAUUUUUAGGUUUUUUUUUUAAGGGGAGACCAGAAUUCCCAAGGAUUCAGGGUCGGACAUCUGCAUACAUUAUUACAAACAAAUAGUGAGCCGCACUUCGUAAUUAAAAAGGAUUAUACAUACAAUCAACGGAGGAGAAUAAUUGUGAGACAUAUCUUUAACAAAGAAAUGUACAAUAGUGUAAUAGUGUAAGAAAUGCAAUAGAUAUGAAGACAGUGCCAAUAGAACACUCACUUUCCAGAGCUUCAAUUAGCUCUAUUAUUGCGCGCCAGGACUGAACAAUCCUGGUCCUUGUCCAUGAGCAGCAGUCAGUAAUAUAUGUGGAGGGAAGCACAGAUAGAAAAAACAAUGGUGUAGUCCAAUUAUAAAAUGAACAUAUUAUACAGGUAAGUAUUCUAGGAGCACUUGGGUGGAAGGAUUCUAAAAAAAAACAUGUCAAGUGAGGUUUCUGGACUUUCAAUUCCACUGACUUCCACGGACUGCUUUAUAUUUAUGGCUUAUUUUGUUAGUACCCAUUUUUUUUAUCACUUUUAUCACAAAAUGCUCCAAGCAUUAAGCAAAUCGCUAGUUCCCGGUUCAUAAAAAUGUUUUACUUUUUUAUGAAUGGGGAGCUACUGACUGGCUUAGAGAGCCAGCUGACCGCUCUAGCCAAUCAGCGACACCCCUAUCCAGCGGCCCUCUGUGCUUCCUGACACUCAGUAAGUAAAAGUGAACAUAAUAACACUAAUAUUUUUUUUACCUGGGGAAAUGAGAAGGUCAAAAGUUUCCCUGACAGGCCCUGGUACCAAAGCCUUAUGAUGUGGUGUCCAGAAUAAAGUGGAGGGUUCACAUCACUUCCUUCCUGCUCCAAUCUCCUUUUCUUCUCCUUCAUUUGAUACAGUCUUCUUUUUCUUCUGACAAUGUCUUCUCUCCUCCUUGGCUCCUUCUGCAUCUUUACCUUUCUGCUUAUUUUGUACCCUUCUGCUCCUUUCUCUUUCUGAUCCAUUUCUGCUCCUUCUCCUACUUUACCUUUGUGCUCUUUGCUGUCCCUUUCUGCUUCUUGCUACCCUGUUCUGCUCCUUCUCCUACUUUACCUUUGUGCUCCUUCUGAUUCUUUGUGCUCCUUUACCUUUGUGCUCCUUCUGUCCCUUUCUGCUCUUUGCAGACCCUUCCUUCUCCAUGCAGUCCCUUCAUGCUCCUUGCAGACCCUUCCUGCUCCUUGCAGAACCUUUCUGCCCCUUACUGCUAAUUUCUGCUCCUUCUCCUACUUUACGUUUGUGCUCCUUCUGCCCCUUUCUGCUCCUUCUGUCCCAUCCUGCUCCUUGCUGCCCUUUCCAGCUCAUUGCUGACCCUUUCUGCUCAUUCUACUUUACAUUUGUGCUGCUUUACCUUGCAGCUCCUUGCUGACCCUUCCUGCUCCUUGCAGACCCUUCCUGCUCAUUUCUGUUCUUUUGUGCUCUUUCUUCUACUUUACCUUUUGUGCUCCUUGCUGUCCCUUCCAGCUCCUUCCUGCUCAUUUCUGUUCCUUCUCCUUCCUGCUCCUUCUCUUACUUUACCGUCCUGCUCCUUGCUGACCCUUCCCUCACUUAUCUGAUCUAUAAUCUGCCUUCCCCCCAUCCCUCACUUACCUGAUAUAUAGGCUGUCUGCCCCUCCAUCCCUCACUUACCUGAUCUGUAGGUGGAUCCCCCCAUCUCUCACUUACCUGAUCUGUAUGCUGCACCCCCAUUUCUCACUUACCUAAUCUACAGACUGUCUCUCCCCUCCAUCACUUCCCUGAUCUGGAGGCUGCCCCCCAUGCCCCACUUCCCUGAUCUAUAGGCUGCCCCAUGCCUCACUUCCCUGAUCUAUGGGUUGCCCCCCAUGCCUUACUUCCCUGAUGUAUUGGCUGCCCCCCCAUGCCUCACUUCCCUGAUCUAUAGGCUGCCCCUCAUGCCUUACUUCCUUUAUCUAUAAGCUGCCCCCAUGCCUCACUUCCCUGAUCUAUAGGCUGUCCCCCAUGCCUCACUUCCCUGAUCUAUAGGCUGCUCCCCCACACCUCAUUUCCCUGAUCUGUAGGCUGUUCCCCCAUGCCUCACUUCCCUGAUCUAUAGGCUGCCCCCAUGCCUCACUUCCAUGAUCUAUAUGCUGCCCCCCCAUCCCUCACUUACCUGUACUGUAGUCUGCCCCCCAUCCCUCACUUUUCUGAUCUAUAGGCUGCCCCCCCUAAACCUCAGUUCCCUGAUCUAUAGGCUGCACCCCAUGCCUCACUUCCCUGAUCUAUAGGCUGCCCCUGCCAUUUUUUACUUCCCUGAUCUAUAGGCUGCACCCCUAUGCCUCACUUGCCUGAUAUGUAGGCUGCCUCUGCUGGCCCCCUGCAGUUUCAGUCAGCAGAGAGAAGCAAUGAUAAGAUGUAGCUUCCUGUCUCUCGGUAUUGCAGUGCAUUUUCAAUCCCGCAUGAAAAAUAGCAGGACAAGCUAAAAAUAAUCCAGGGGAUGCCCCCCUUACCCCUCCUGCAGACACCCAUGCCUAUAUAUGAUCCUGUAAGUUUCCAAAACACUAUAAAAACUAUACAUGGGGAAUACGGUAUAAUUGUGAGACAUUGCUGAAUACAAAUAUCUAUAUAUUAUUGACAUUCACAGUUAAUAUGACAUGCAGAACUUGGAAAACAACUACAUUUAUUAAUACCUUGUUUUAUAUUUUAUUAAUAUUAAAUGAUGUUUUAUAUAUAAAUAUUUGAUAUGAAAUGAAAGUUCUGUUUUUCCUGAACAAAAUGAUGUAUAAUAAAAAAGAGGUAAAUUAUGGUUGAACAAUUUUGAUCAGAACUUGUACAAUCGGCUGCGUCCUUAAGGGGUUAAACAUUUACUUUAGGUAAAUAAGACAUAUUGCAAUUAUUUACUGGGGAAAAAGUUUUGAACUGAAGUUUAUCAACCUCUUCUUUUAUAUUGACAGGGAAUCUUGUGUCUUUGUGAGAUCAGUGGCAUGUUCAGCAUGACUCCACUUGGUUAUCUUUUUCUACUGUGCCUCCUGGCUCCUGCAAAUACAGACUUUGUGAUAAACGGAUUAAGAAACAUUCAGGUAUGUUUAUUUUAAUCAUUUUUUUAUUUUUUAUUUUUAUUGAAAGAAAAUAUAUAUCCAUACACCCCCCCAUACGUCUUAUACAUACUGACAAAACAAAUACACCAAAUGUAUAUGAGCCUUAGAAAGAAAGAUAAAAAAAUCGUUAAAAUACAUAAUUUUUCUUUUCUAUUUUUAUAUAUAAAUUAUCCAGGGUUACUUUCUAAUAUUGUAACCAAUAUUUGGAGGCAUGAUUCCCUCAGUAGUCUAAUUAUGUAUAUUGUUCAGCCAUCCAAUACCAUUCUCUAUUUUUAAUUGGAGGAUUAUUUGGUCUUUCCAACCAUUAGUUUGUUGUUUCCAAUUUCUAGCGAGUUGACGUGUUGCUGCCAUAAAACAGUGAAUUGUAAUAUAUUGUUGAUCUUUCUUCAAAGUUGGUCAGAACAAAUGUUACAGAGCGGUUUGGGGAGACCUCUGUAUUUUGAUAUUAUCAUAGUUGAUUAAAAAUUUGAAAACCCAUUCCCAGAGCAUUUUGGCACCUUAAAAACUCCACCACACGUGUAUAUAAUUACCCAUGGAUGCUUUGCAUCUCCUGCAUGUAUUAGAGACAAUAGGGUCUAUCUUAUGCAUUUUUGUGGGGACCAAAUAUCAUCUAUUUACUACUUUCAAUUAGGUUUCAGAUAAUACGAGAUUAUGAAUAUGUUUAUUAACUUUAAUUAGUGCUCCAUACCACUCCAGAGUUUAUUACAAUAUUUAGUUCUUCUUCCCAUUUCUUAAUCGCUACUGGCUUUUCUAUAAUUGUUGUCAUUUGUACAAGCUUACAACAGUUAGCUAUUAUCUUAUCCUUUUUUCACCUGGCCAAACAUUUUUGUGUAUAAGAUCACCCAACUCAAUUGGUCCUUUAUAAAUAUGGUCCAUUAUAUAUGAUUUAACUUGCAAAUAGGUAAACAUGUCUGAGUUUGUUAGAACCAGUUCCUUUAUCAAAGAGGGAUAAUAAUAUCUGAUAUCUUAUAAUAUUUAUUUUGUUCCAGUUGGAAAUCGAUAUGUCUCCUAUUAGAUUGUUAAUGGCUGCUAACUCUAUGAAACCAAAGAUUGUAUUCCUUAUUUACAUUUAUUCCUUAUCCCUGCCCAUACUGUAAAAAUGUGUGUGAGCAUUUUAUUUUCUUUUAAGUCAUUCCUCUCUCUUUGUCAUAUAGCUCAGACUAACCGCUACCUCACAUACCUGUCUCUUGCUCUCUCCUAAAGGGCAGCACUCUACUCUCUCCUCCAGCUCUACUUCACUCCCACCUAAUUUGACUACUAUUUCCUGUCCUAAUGUGUUUUAUACCCCACCUCCUAUAGCCUGUAAGCUCGUUUGAGCAGGGCCCACUUCAACCUACUGUUUCUAUAAGUUUUCUUGUAAUUGUCCUAUUUAUAGUUAAAUCCCCCCUCUCAUAAUAUUGUAAAGUGCUACAAAAUCUGUUGGCGCUAUAUAAAUGGGGAUGAUAAUAUUAAUAAUAGCUUAAAUAAUGUCUCCCUUAUCUAGAGCCUCCCUAACUAUUUUAAACCAUCCCUCUUUUUUCCCAUUUUUCUUUGGUUAGCAACUAUAAAUGGUAUAUUGCGUUAGCCUCAUAAUAACGUCUAAUAUGGGGGAAAAUUACUCACCCCUUGUUCAUUCUAUUACUUAUACAACCCAAUCCGAUACAAGGUUUUUUACUCCUCCAGACAAAAUUAUCAUGUCCAGCCAGCUAUUUGGUAUUUUUAGUGGGAGUAUUCUAAAAAGAAAUGUCCACAGUGGGAGAAUAUAUGUUUUUAUUACAUUGAUUUUCCCCAUCAAACAUUUUUUUAAUUAAAUUUGUAAUUUUUAAGGUUUUUACAAAAUUGAUUCCCAAAAUUCUAUUGAUAUCUUUAGUUACCAUUAUACCUAAAUAAUUGAAUACAUUUUUUUUUUUAAUUCUUUAUUUUUGCCCAAUUUUCUAAAUACUUUCAUUAGUCCCUAGCCUUAUCUUAUAGUUAGGAUAGCCUUAUGCCUAUCCCAUGCAUGCUUAAACUCCUUUACUGUGUUAACCUCUUCAGCUGGAAGGCUAUUCCAUGCAUCUCAGUAAAGUAAUACUUCCUGAUAUUAUUUUUAAACCUUUUUCUCUCUAAUUUAAGACUAUGUCCUCUUGUUGUGGUAGUUUUUCUCCUUUUAAAUAUAGUCUCCUCCUUUACUGUGUUGAUUCCCUUUAUAUAUUUAAAUGUUUCUAUCAUAUCCCCCCGUCUCGUCUUUCCUCCAAGCUAUACAUCCUUUAACCUUUCCUGGUAAGUUUUAUCCCGCAAUCCAUGAACCAGUUUAGUAGCUCUUCUCUGAACCCUCUCUAAGGUAUCAAUAUCCUUCUGAAGAUACGGCCUCCAGUACUGUGUACAAUACUCCAAGUGAGGUCUCACCAGUGUUCUGUACAAUGGCAUGAGCACUUCCCUCUUUCUACUGCUAAUACUUCUCCCUAUACAACCAAGCAUUCUGCUAGCAUUUCCUGCUGCUCUAUUACAUUGUCUGCCUACCUUUAAGUCAUCAGAAAUAAUCACAUUAAGCGUGACAUGGCAUAUGAAUAGACAGCACAAUUUUUGUUUAUGAUGAUAAUAGGGAGAGACAGUGGGGAGAGACAAGAUGUAAUUUAAGGUUCUAGCUUUUCCCACUGUCUAUAUUGGUAAUGUAGGUUAAGGUUCAACAGUUAAAGUACAAGUUAGGUAAAUUAUAAGUUUAAUGUUUAUAUAUGAACAGGCUCAAGUAGUUCAACGCUUAUGGUGCGUGCUAGGCAUAAUACAAAUAUGAUGCUUAGAUAUGUAUAGGCUAAGACAUAUUACAUUGCAGGCAGUUUCAUUUCUUAACAAUACAGUGUCAUAACAUGUUGGGUUUGCCUAUUUUAACCUAGAAAGAAGUGCUUAUUCAGGAUGUGGACGUAGCGUGUUAAUAAUAGGCUUAAUCAAUUACCCCAUUGCUAUCUGAGGCUUAACAGUGUACAAUUAGUGUAUAGUAACCGCAGGUUUUCUAUUUAAGGGUGGAGAGGGUGAGACAGGUAUGUGGCUCUCGACAAUAUACGCUUAGUGACUUGUUGUUUGCUGUCUGCUAGCUACAGCCUCGUCUUCAGUAGAAGCAAACUGACAAACUUAGCUGAUGGGUGGUGCGCUUUCUGGUCACUUUAGUGGAGUGCAGCUCUUCGUGCCGUGUAGGGCGUCAAAUUAGAGUGUUCUUCUCUGUCCCUUUGUCGUCUGUGGUCAUUUAGACGUUCGGUAUACCUGGGGGCUAUUUACUGCAACGGGCAAGGUAGUGACCCCAGAACCGUGGCAAAAGAUGGGGCUUAUGACAUUCCGUUUCAGGAAUUGUCGUGUCAGUUCUGCGCGUCUGAGCCUAUCUAGGCGGUAGCGGUUAGUGAAGGGGGAAUCGCGUGCAUGGGGCUACACGGGAGCUUGCUGUGCCACUCCAUCAUUAAUUAGUAGUAGUCUGUCAGGUAACGUGGGGCAGUAUUAUGGUAGGCAGAAAGAUUUCAUGGUGUCAUAUUCGAGGGAUAACAGAUGAAACAAUGAGACAUAUCCAGCUGCGCUAGAGCCCUAGUGAUGGUCGGGGAUGGGGCAACCGGGUGCCCAAGUACAUUAGAAGUGUGUUGGUCUGUUAACUAAUUGAAGGGAUCAUGUCUGCGAGCAUCACCGGGUUAAAUCUAGUUAUGGGAGCGUGGUUGGGCAAGAGGACCAAUAACUGUAACAAUAACAUAAAACAAACUUUAGAUACCAGAUUAGGUAGGCCUCUCUUGAGAUGUGCAACUAGUAUAUAGGAAAUGACAGGCAGGGCAAUCCUCGGUUGGGGGGAGUUAUCUCCUAAUUUACCUUGUUGUUUCAAAGAGGAGGACUAGUGCCUAUUUUGUACGCUAGCACACAGUUAGAUUUACCUCUUUCAGAGGUGUAUUACAGGGUAAGUGUCCAUCCAUCAGGGAUUAUGAGAUCUCAUAUUUACUUUUAGGCAGAUUGUGGUAUACGUUAUUGAAUAUAUUUUUGUCCACCGUCUUUUUUAGUGCUGAGAUACUCCAUGUCCGACCAACAGGUCGACUCUUUACCGUUCCGUAUGUCUUUCAGGUAGUGAGUGCCACGUAGGGGUCGGGUGUGUGACCUGUCGGCACAAACGGGAUGGAUCUUGCCAGAUCCCAUGGGUGUUGAGGAGGUGUAGCACUCUCUUGGCCUGUCUGUGCGAGGGAGUCUGGUGGUAGGCCCAGUGACUGUAAAAGCGACGUUGCGUCGCUCAGUUCCUUGAUCUGAUGGGUGUCCGUCUCCUGCUGUACAGUGAGUGUGCGGGUCAUUUGCAAUCGAUACUUGAGGUCUCUUUGGCGGGGAAGCGUGGUAAGAGGCUGGAGGGAACGUCGCCAAGCCAGGGUGCCUCUCGAGAGAUCGGAGAAGAAGUUUAAAGCCAUCCCUUCAAAUUGGAACGGCGUCUUUCCCCUCAAGGCAUUCUGGACUGCUGUUUUGUCUAUUCUGGUUUGGAAGGUAAUUAUGACAUCUCGUGUAGCCCCGGUCGGCGCCGUUGGCGGUUUGGGGAUCCUGAAAAUUUGUUUUGUUUUUUCGCCCCAUGUCAUUCGGAGGGGGUGUAAUGCGUCUUUGUGGUGAUUUGGGGAUACCCAGCCUGGGUUCUUCCCCUGUUUUUCCCGUUUUUCUCACGGAGCUUUCAGCCCUUGCGACUGCUUGUCUCGGUUGAUCAUAAUUGAAUACAUUUUUAACCUCUGUAAAGUUGUAUUGUCCAAGAAUAUUUUUUUUUUUAGACAUUAAUUCUGGAAAAAGGAGCAACAGUUUUGUCUACGUUUCUUUUAUAAUUUGAAACCAUGCUGAAAUAUAAGAUUUCUUUCAUGAGUUGAUGAACAGAUGCAACGGGAAACACAGUUUUAAUUCUCCUGAUUUAAUUGGAAAUUUUAUCUUUUGUUAUUUUGAUUAGAUCUUAUUUCAAUUGCCAUAAUUUCCAACGUUAUUAUAUAUAGAAUUAGCGAAAGUGGGCAGCUCUGACGGGUACCGUUGUUUAAUUUAAGCCAGUCCAAGUACAUAUCCACCCCCACUACUCUUGUUUACGGAUAAUGUUACAUUGAUUACCUUUAAAACCACCCUUCAUAUUUCCAAUGCUUCUAAUGUUUUAAACAUGUAUCCCUAUCCGACCCUGUUGAAUUCUUUUUCUGCGUCUACCAACAGGGUCAGAAGGGGUAUGUUAUUUUUCUCCCCUGUUUCCAUCACAUUUGUCAGUCAUUUCGUAUUGAAACAAGCCUGUCUCUUGCGGACAAAACCUAUAUGGUCUUCAUGUACUAUGUCUGGCAAUAUUAAUUGUAUUAUGUCCGCGAUAAUCGCAGAGAAUAGUUUUGAAUCCACAUUAAUUAAUAAAAUGGGACGGUAAUUUAUUUUCAAAUGUUUUUCAUUAUAGAUAAAUUUGUUUCCAUAACAAUAAGAAUAAUGAUAUAAUAUGAAUAUAUAUAUGUAAAUAACAUACAAACAUAAAACAAACCAAAAACAGAAAAACAAAUAACUGGGGAAUACAUUUUAGACAUAUCAUCCGAUACAAUAUGUAAUAAGUAAUGUUUUUUUUUCAAAAAAGUAUAAUAAGUUAUUGUUAUUAUGUUACGUGCAACAAUGUGCUUAAAAUAAGAUUAUAUAAAUAACUUUGUUAUCUGGUCAGGUGAAGUUAUACAUUAUAAUUUAUAUCGAUUCUUGACAUCCCGUUCCCAUUCAUAUUUCAGAACAUUAACUGUAUGGGAAGGUGGUCUAAAGGCUAAUUCGUAUCUCUUGGUUUCUAGAAUAUUAUGCAACACCUCAGUCAUAGAAGGAAUAGUAGCUUUUUUCCAAUAUCGAGGAAGGACAGAAGUAACUGAAAACAGGACAUGGAUUAAAAUAAUUAUUUUAUUUUUGGGCAAUUCAUCUGGGAAUCCCUUCAGGAGACACAAUUCUAGUGUUAUAAUGGGGAUUUGAUCAGUGAUGAGUUUAGAGUGUGAACAUCUUCCCAAUACUGUUUUAAUUUAGGGCAAGACCAAAAGACAUGAUAGAGAGUACCAACUUGACUGCACUCCCUCCAGCAUGCUUUAAAACUCUUUCUGCUUUAAAACUUCUAUCUCUCUGAGAUAGUUGCAAUUUAAAGUCUAGAGGGAGUCAGAUACCAUCUGUAUAAAAGUUUGUAAUGAGAUUCCAAAAGCGCCACAGACCAUGUAAUACUGUGUAAUGCCAUCAGAAUCUCAUGUCAUUACUCCACUUUAAAUUUAUUUUUCAGUUCGUUUUCCCAUUUUGUCAUAUAGUUUUGGACCAGAUACCCCAGCAAAAUAAGUAUAGGACAUCGAGAUGGUACAUUUCCGACCAGGAUUUUAAUGAUACAAUUUUUUUAAUAAUGACAUUAUAACUUUACGUAUAAUCAGAUCCUGAUCAGACACAUUAAAAUGAUCACUAAGCAAAUCCACCAUCUGUCUCUGCAUCAGGACUUCCGAGGUGUCCAGACCAAACUUGGUCUGUAAUUGAUCAAAAGGUAAAAACUUAUUAGACAAAAAUAAAUCAUUAAUAUAUAUCUGACAGAAUGGGAAAGCCAAUAUUCCACAUCUAGAUCAGGUAACGCAGAUUGCAACACUGACAAGUGUUGAUCGUUUUAUACAAGACAUCCCAAGCCUUAAUAGUGACUUUGGUAGUCGGAAACAUGGUCCCCACCCGCGGCCGUUGGGACAGACGCAACCUUAGCACUUAUUUUAUUAAAUGAGGAAGAAUUUUUGUAGCCUCCAUCUCAAGUCACAGGGUGCAUCCAUGAUCCAGAUUAAAUUUAAGAGCAUUGGCCUCAUUAGUCGCAAAAUAAUGAAUACAGUUUGGCACACCCAUACCUCCACUAACGCUGAGCUUUUGUAUGAUGGGCAAUUGAAUUCUGCAAGGCUUCCUAUUCCAUAUAAAUGUCAGAAGAGCAGAAUGAACCUUUCUAAAAAAGGAUAAUGGUGUAGUGAGGGGGAUUGCUCUAAGGAAAUAUAAAAUUUGGGGAAGGAGAGUCAUUUUAACCGAAUUUAAUCUACCUAACAUAACAUUUCAAAACCACACCAUCUAUCAAUGUCCUCCUUAAAUGCAGGCCAGACCUUUAUUAUUAAUAUGCAUCUUCGGCAUAUUUUUACAUAGAUUAAUGCCCAAAUAAGACAUAUAUGAUUCUCUCCAGUCAAAGUCAAAUUCAUCUUUUAGAAUAUCCAAUUCAUGGGAUAAAGAAGGAAAGUGCCAGUGUUUUAUUUGUAUUGAGUUUGUAAUAAGGAAUGUUGCCAAAUUCUUGCAAGACAGACAUUAAUUAAUGGUGGAACUGAGGUCAAAGGAUUGUUGCUUUAUGUUGGAAUUCUAGAUAUUCAUAUGUCUCCUCCAUUUCCAUCGUUGAUGCUAAUGCUUCUGUUGUUUCAGCAGAACUGAACAAUUUUGGAUUUCUGCUUUAAAACUUCGAUCUCUUUUUCUCGAUUUAUUUUAAUAAAUUCUUGAAGGUUACUCAUGGAAUUCCUUCUUCCCUCUGUUAUUGACUACUCCAUCAUGGAGGUCUCUUUUAUAGAUUUGCUUUGUGACUCUUUAUUUCAUGAAGGAGAGAAAAAGGACACACUUUUAUCUUGUUUGGGGUCUCUCUUCUCCCUCUUUUUUAGAUUUUUUUCUCAUUUGCCACAUUAGCAUUGUUCAUUGAAGCCCUGGCCAUAGCAAUUAUUACUCAUGCAGCUUUGCUUUUUCUUAUAUUUUCCUUUCUCUUAUCUGUUUUAUUUCCUUCCUCCUUCCACUUUUCCUUCUCUUUCCUCCUCUUCUUAUUCUCUUUUUUUUUUUUGUGCUAGGAGUACACUGUUUAGUGAAAUUGUACUCUUAUCCUUUUCCCCUUAAAUAUUAAUUAUGCCAAAACAUAAGCAAAACAAAAACAACGCUUUUGAUUAAUGUAAAUGUUGUGAUGUCACAUCUGGGCAGAACAUAUUGAGGGGAGGAGGCGGCAAAAAAUGGUUUUGCCUAGGGCACCAAAAAUACCUGCAUCGGCCCUGAGUGUACCCACACUUAUUAAAUAUAAUUUUUUUUAUAUGAAACAAGGCUUUCAUUUUACAUACAAUAUAUCAUUUAAUUUGAAUACAAUCUUAAAAAGUGUGAAAUAGUAAGAAAUUUUACUAUUUUCCAACUUCUGCAUGGCAUUUUAACUGUGAAUGUUAAACUGCUCUCAGCUUUUACUGAAAUAAAACAGACACAUUUGUAUGCUGUGUUGUCCUACGAAAACAACAAUGCAGUGGCGGCUCUAGACAAGAAUUUGUGAAGCCUUAAUGGGGGCCUCAUGUUUGAGUUUCGCCUAACACCCAAAGUGGGGGAAAAAAUAGGGGUUGCAUUGUGUGUGUAUAAGGUGCUGUAAUUGUAUUGAAGGACAAGCUUGCAGCGCUGGAUAAAGAGAGCUAGUCUCUGUAUUCAUUGUUCAGAGGCUUGCAGUGUUGCGGCUCCCUGUGUUGUGAGCUCUCCAACUGUAGUUAUCGCAUAAUUUGCAAACUAAAUUAAUUUGCAAUAAACAAAUUUAAUUAGAAAUUAUGCUUCUGCCCCUAUGUACAGGUAUCAUUAUGGUUUUGAAAGUUACAGGGUCAAAUAAAGAGUUUGCCCAUUGCAAUAUUACACUUUGACAUUUGCCAGAUUGGUUUGCUGGGCCUAUGUUGCCUUUGAGACUGUAUUUAAGCCCAAGAAUUAAAGGACCACUAUAAGCACCCAGCCCAGUUCAGCUGGGUGGUCUGGGUGCCUGGUCCCCCUAGUUUUAACCUAGUUUUAACCCUGCAGCUGAAAACCUAGCAGUUUCAGAGAAAGUGUUAUGUUUACACUGCAGCAGGGUUUAUCCAGCCUCUAGUGACUGUCUCCCUGACAGCCACUAGAGGCAGCUUCCGAGAUUUACACUGAGUAAAUUGCACUUAUUUGAUGUCCUCACGGAGUCCAGCAUCAAAAAAGAUCCCCAUAGGAAAGCAUUGAGUAAUGCUUUCCUAUGGGCGGGUUUGAAUGCAUUCGCGUCCACUCGGGAGCUGACGUCGGCGGUGGAGGAGAGGUCACCAGCACUGAGGAAGCACGGCGCUGGAUUAAGGUAAGUGGCUGAAGGGAUUUUAACCCCUUUAGCGCCAAGGGAGGGGUCACUCCAAGAGCCUAUAGUGCCAGGAAAACGGGUUUAAUAUAUUUAUAUAAUUCUAAUGUAUCUUAUAUAUAAAUAUACUAUUUUAUUAACUAUAUAAUUAUAUGUUGGGGUACCUGCCUGACCACCCAGGCAGAAAUAACAGAGAAUUUAAUUAGCAAAUCCUAUGUUUAACCCUGUAAAUUACAAAACCCAAUAAAACCUGCUUUCCAGUGUGUUUGGCAAGUCGGGAGUAAGAGACUUCGCUAGACUUGUCGUGAAUCGGGCUGUAGUUGGCUUUGAGUUAAUUUCAGGGUAGUGGAGGAGCUCAUCCAAGGUGUGUCUUUCCUCCAUUCCUGAGAACACUUGGAGAUUUUUACUCACCUGCAAUUUAAAACUGAAAACCCUUAUUAUCCAACAGGAGUCUGACAGGAUAACAAUUUAUCUUAGCCUUGCCUUGGUUUAUGGCUUAAGAGUUAAUAUUCAUGCGCUGUGGGAUGAUAAGUAAAUAAAAUAAAUAGGUUCAAGCAAGUUUGCUCUUCCUAGUGAUCCCCACUCAAUGCUCCUUUACACAUUUACCUAUUUAUGUUGACUGAGUUAAUAAAAAAUGGUAUACAAAUAUGUAAAAGCUAUCUAGGAGAGAAAUAUAAAUAUAGUGUAACACAGCUUGAAGCAAAGUGUAGGGGAAGGGGAGGUAGAGAACUAUAGUGGUAUUAUCCACAAGUGGUGUCUUUCUCUAAUAGAUAUCUUGUGAAAAAAAAAUUCUAUUGAUUUCAAGGAGAAAGAAAAUAUGCAAUACUGUAUGGUAAAAAAAACUAUUUAAUGGACAAAUGCACUACAACAGAUAAGGUAAAACUGCAUACAUCCACAGCAAGUGAAUCUCAGGAAACUGGUAAACAGCUAGCAGUUCCACAGAUAUAGGGUAAUAGAAGUAGAAGGUAAGUAAAAGCAAAUCUAAAAGAUAAAAAAUUGUAACUGAAAAGUCCAACAGUCCAAAACAUUUUGUCUCAUUUAAGGGAUUUCUACAAGGAUGUGUCUGACUUCAGCAAUGUCCUCCUUAAAUAGGUAAUGUUGAUUGAAGAAUCGAUCUCGGCUGAUUUCGGUGUGCGUUCCAUCCUGGAACACAAAUACCUUUUUCAUAUUUACUAUAUCAGUUUGGCUGGAGGAAAUGAUGCUUGUGUUCCACCUUCUAAGAUGGCGGAUACUGCUUGCAUUCUAUUAUAUGGUGAUCUCAAUCAGCUAAUAAUAAUAAUAAUAAUAAUCUGAUCUUCCUAACCAAUACUUAUUAAAUACCAUAAAGAACAUAAAGGUGUGAUAUAUCCAUGAGCAUUGUUUUUAUAAGCUGAAUGAAAUCGGAAAAACUAAUAUACUUAUAACUGAAUAAAUACAUAAAAUUAAAAAUGGAUGGUAAUUAAAGUAAUAAGAAUAAUAAUAAUACAUUAAAAAAAUUACAAAGGCUUGACAAAGACCUCAGUGGAGGUCGAAACAUUGCAGUGCACAUGAUGGUCCAAUAAACUGCCUUAUCUCUGAACUCAGUGAGUGCCUGAGGCUUUUUCCUUGAUAUAUAAGCCUCCAAGUAUAGACUCGUACAAGGAUUGAUAACAAAAUGCAUGCCAAACUCCUAUCACCCACUCAGAGUUGUUUCAAGUGGUCCUGGCAGUACUCCACUCCAACACAGGCACAAGCAGCAAGGUUAAACACAUAGGAUUACUGAUCUGUCUCCCUAAAUAGUCACAGAGUUUAGAACAAUCCAGCUUUGAAGUGUAGAUGUUUUAUUUGUCACUUCACUUGAUCUGUGAAUAAGAUCGACAUUUUGGGACUGUCUCUUAACCGUACAUAUUUUUUUUGCUUCUUGAUUAGAAAGGAGAUGCAAACCUCAUGUCCAUCAUGGAAAACCAAGAUGCUUGUUUGCCACCUUCCAAAAUGAAAUAAAAAAAAUAAAAAAAUCAUGACCAAGAACUGAACCAAAUGUGUUUGGGUUCACACUAGUCAGUUACCAAAGAUUCUGGCACAUGGUGGCUUAGAAAUUAGAAUUUCCUUCAAUCCCCUGAUCGGGUCAAAUUUGGCUGAAUUGCAGUUCAGUCCCAGAUGAAUCUCCAAGUCUCCUUGUCACCCCUCUCUUCCCAGUCCCUUACACAUCUCCAAUUAGCUCUAGCUAUGUUCACCUAUUUAGCUUGUACUUCCAAAUCUCAAAUGUUCUUCCAAAUCACUUGCACCUAACCUCCCUGUCACAUAUCCUCUUCAUCUACCUGUUAUGUACACUCACCACACGAGACGUUCAUUCAUGACUUACAUGCUUCUACCCAUUCACAAAUUGCCACUCAGCCACAUACACUUAACCAGUCAUAUUAUCCUACCUAACCUGUGCCCUAGCUCCACCUCAACUUCCAGUCACACACACUCACACUUUUACAUUCACACACUUGCCCACAAAAUAUGUCACUUACAACCAUACACCCAUCCUGACACCUGUUGCUAUACAACCACUCAACUAGUCAUGUUCACUAUCCAAAUAUACUCCAAACUAGUCGCAUCCACCCAUUCCAUGACAUCACAUCAAUGUAUAUAUGAAGGGUUGGAGCACAUUGACAAAAGCAAAGUGAAUAGAAAAUAUCUAUAGACAAUAUUAGGAUGACACACUUGCUAUAUAGUUACCAGCUUCACAAAAGUUGUUCUCCUAAAUAGAGGAGAAAAAGAAAAAAAUAGAAAAUAAUUAAACAAAAUUUAUUAGCGUGAUAGAUAUAAACUAAACAAUGAAACACUCACAAUAGUGAAUGGCAUGUACUAAUAAAUGCACAACAAUGGCAAUGUUAGCCUCAAUAGGCUUAGUCCCCCACCGGGUAGCAGUCGGCACUCUCUACCUAUACAGCAUGUAGUGCACAAUAGUCCAGGGUAAUGUGCUAAAUGCAAAUAAGCUGCUUGACAUACCAAGUCUCGGGUUCUUCUUGCUGGGGCUCUACGUGCUUUGUCGAUCCGACUUCCUCAAGAGCUUGUAUCUUAUUUCCAAGUCUUCGACUUUUAAAUCCAGUCCUGCUAACAAACUUAUAAACAGCAAAAACAUUAACAUUAUUAUGUCACUUCUCUCACUCUCUUUUCCUUCUCUCUCUAUAUCUCUAUAUUUAUAUAUUCGGGGCCAAUACAAACCAUUGUGUGGAAAUGUAUUCACAAACCGGACUUUACAUAGGACACGAGGCCAUGCGUUUAGACUGGAAGAAAGAAGAUUUAGUCUAAGGCAAAGGAAAGUUUUUUUUUUACUGUAAGAACAAUCAGGAUGUGGAAUUCUCUGCCUGAAGAAGUGGUUUUAUCAGAGUACAUACAGAUGUUCAAAUGGCUACUAGAUGCAUACUUGCAAGAACAGAAUAUUCAAGGAUAUAAUCUUUCAAUGCAGGGUAAUAACUGCUUGAUCCAAGGAUAAAUCUGACUGCCAUUCUGGGGUCAAGAAGGAUUUUUUUUCCUAGUUGUUGCAAAAUUGUGCUGCAAACUUGGGUUUCUUUGCCUUCUUUUGGAUCAACAGCAAAAAACAAAUGUGAGGAAGGCUGAACUUGAUGGACGCAAGUCUCUUUUCAGCUAUGUAACUAUGUAAUCUUUCCAUUUUUUCAGUCUCUCCCUCAGUUAAUAUCCGCUAAUCAUUUCAUGUGCCAUGUCAGGUUUAUCCCACUAUCAACACUGCAUUACUUUUCCCUUGUGCCUAGAUAUCAAUGAAAAAGUGAUUAAAAUGAACUUGCAAUGGAAAAAAAGAUAAGAGCUACAACUUUGAAGAAAUGUUACCUCUGCAAGGUUUAGAGUCUGUAAUAGUCCAGCUAUAGUAUAUGCAUAUUUACAUGUGUAAAUACAACAAAUAUACUGUUAUUUGAUGCUACAUAUAAUUUCAUAACUUUGUUCUAUUUAUUGUAGAAAAGGAGCACUCAAGAGGUAAGUGUAAUAAUAAAUAUCACUAAUUCCACCUUAAUUUGAAUAACAUACAUAACAACUCAAUUAUAAUGUUUAGUGUUUAACUGCAAAAAUUAUGGCCAUUUUUAAAAAUUAAAUAAUACAUAUAAUUACUUCAUUAUUUGGAUCUGAUCUGCUUACUUUUGUUGCAAAUCCUUUCUGCAAUGUGUGUUUAACUAACAUAUUAAUAUAUUUGUUUAUUUUCACAUGAACUUGUUUGUAUUCUGUCAUCUAACAGCACUGAAUGUGUUUGCACAAUUAGGGAUAUUGUAUGUUCUAGAAAUUGUAUUUCCUUGUAUCUCAAUUAUUUCUUUAGAUUCUGCAUUGACAGAAUGCGGCGGCGAGGCUUAUCUUCCUGUCCGCCCGCACCUCCCAUGCCUCACCCUUCUGUCAGUCCCUACAUUGGCUUCCUAUAAAAUAUAGAGCUCAAUUUAAAAUUCUGCUUCUUGCUUUCAAAUCUUUACAUAAUGCUGCUCCCACCUAUCUAUCCUCCCUUAUACACAAGUAUGUCCCGCCUAGGCCCUUACGCUCUGCUGAAGACUUACUUCUAUCUUCUGUCUGUACUCCCACCUCUGAUGCUCGCCUUCAAGAUUUCUCGAGGGCUGCACUGUUCCUGUGGAACUCGCUUCCCUCUUCCGUUAGAUGCUCACCCAGUCUCCACUCCUUCAAAAAAUUGUUAAAAAUCCACUUCUUCAUAAAAGCGUAUCAAUUAAACUGUUAAUAGCUCCUGACUGAUUGCUCUGCUGCAACUGUCACUAGUCUAAUACUAUCCUUACCUUUUUGUGUCAUUUUACCCCACUCCCUCUAGCAUGUAAGCUCAUUGAGCAGGGCCCUCAUCCCCUCUGUUCCUGUGUGUCCAACUUGUCUGGUUACAACUACAUGUCUAUUCGUCCACCCAUUGUAAAGCACUGCGGAAUUUGACGGCACUCUAUAAAAAUAAUAAUAAUAGUCUUACAUUUCACUCGGUCUAAAAGUGCUAGAAAUGGAUAAAACCUUAUAAUUUUCAUCCUAUCAGUAUACGGUAUUUGUUUAAAUGCUAUUUUAUCUGUAAUCCUAUAUACCUGACAGUUACAUUUGUGAAAAGAUGAGGUAUGUUUAUGAAUAAUAUGAUAUAUAAAAAUAUAAAUAGUCAGUGAUAAAUACUUUAUUGUAAGAUACAAUUUAGCUGCUGUUAAUUUACUGCAGAACAUAGUGACUAAUUCAGCAUCACUUUAAAUUUCCCUAUCUAAACCUAAUGUUUACACAUAUUAUCAUAAAACACCAUAGUACAGUUUGUUGCAGCAAUCUUUAAUCACAUGUGGGUAUACAGUAGCUUUGAGUAGCUUUUUGUUUUAUACACAGUUUUAUCCCUUUGUGAAGGUCAAUGCACCCUGUAGUUAUUUAAUGAAAUCAGACAAACAGCACGUGAUACCUAUUUCUGGACUUCUCACUAGUGAGGAUAUCCAGCAAUAGAACCAGUGGAGCUUUUUCCUUCACGAGACAGUCCAGCCUUUAACGCUGUGGUUCCCAAACCAGUCCCAUGGCCCAGAAAACCAUGUCUAUUCAAAUGGAGGUACUGGCAAAACAUCAUUAUGAGAACUGGUUUGAGAACCACUGUUUAAAAGAAACACUUCAAGCGCCAUAUUCACUACCGCACUUUGUAUUGAUUAUGGUGGCAGGAGUGCCCUGGCAGCCCCCAAUAUCAAUAGUCAUAUAGUGGUAAUAUUUUGACUUCUUACCUAGGGCACACUUGGCGCCAUUUCCUGCCUCUCAGAGAGCUGACCACUCUCUGUCUAAGUCAAACUUAGUUAAGGCAGUGCAGCGCCUAGCUUACUGGUUGAAAGGGAUCAGCUGACUAUCUUAGACUAUGAAUAAAUAAAAACCGAUAGGGGGUAGAGAUCUAUCAGUAUGGCUAGUGACUAAAACUGAGUUAUUUAUACAUUACAGAUUUUCUGUAAAUAAAUCCAUAAACAUAAAAGCAUUCAUAGCACCUGGAAGAAGACCCUUGAGGUUGAAACGCGUUGUGCCUGUAUUCUUUAUGCAAAAUAUUUGCUUUUAUUUUACUUGUUUUAUUGUGAUUUAUAAGUAAAAUCUUUUAAAUACUCUGUUACUCUGGAGAAAUUAUUUCUAUCCAAAAGGAUUGAACCAGGAGUGGGACAGAUCGCCUAAGGAGUAUAUAAAACCACCACCUUUACAGCCAGAGCCUGCUGUACGUGACUCUGAGUAUUGUGAGUGACCCAUUACCUCUGAUUUUAAAUCUGAUAUUUUAAAACCAUAUUAUGCUAUGUAUGCUUUUAUGUGUUUUACAGAUUGAUUUACAGAAAAUGUGUAAUGUAUAAAUAACUUGGUUUUACUCACUAUCCAUACUUGUAGAUCUGCACCCCCUAUCUGUUUUUAUUUAUUUAUUUCUCUUUGUGUCCUGUUUGUGGAUAAGGCCACUAGAGGUUGUUACAAUUUACUAAUAUCCAUGCCAAUCCACCCAUUACCCAUUGUUUGUUUGGGUUUUUCAUCAUCUCAGACUGUGAGCUGGCCCUGGGUCUUAACUCUGGAAGCCAACAGAAGCUGCUAAGUAGGGUUUUUCCGGUUCUCCUGGAGGUUUACAGAAGUUGGUGAGCAACAGCAAGUGAGAUAAGAAGUCAAACUGGUAUGAAACGGAGGGCUUCAGGUUACUCCUGGCAUCAAAAUCUCUGCAGUCUGCUGUUGUGAUGCUUAAAAACUGUUUAGUAAAAUUCUGUAGAAAUGUGAACAUAAAUUAGCUUGAUUAUUAGAAACUUUUUUUUUUUUUACACGCUUUGCAUAUGUCACAUUAAUUGACCUACUUGUUUUGUUCAGCCAAUAAAUGAUGUGGAGAUUUACAGCAUCAACAUUGACAGUAAAGUAACAUCUCGCUUCGCUCAUAAUGUCAUCAAAAGCCGAGCUGUCAAUCGAGCAAACAUUUCAAAGGAAGCCUUUUUUGAUGUAGACCUUCCUAAAACGGCUUUCAUCACCAACUUCAGCAUGUAAGCAUUUCACUGUUUAAUUAAAAAAAAAAGUACAUUAAAAUAUAAUUAGCAUGUGACGUGAUUCCUUUACCCAAUUCAUAUUCUACAAACAUCAGUGAGUUAUGUCUCUGUUCAUUAUCAUAAAAUAUUAUCAAUGUGUUUCCCCUUUGCUUAAAAAAAUUAAUAGAAGAAUAUGUAAAUGGUUAACCCUCCAAUUACUAAAUAACAUUGCUAUAUUAUCAUAUACCAACUCCAUAAAUUUCUUAAAAAUAACAUCUGCACAUGAUCUCUUCAUUAGAUAAUAAAUAAAUAAUAAAUAUUCUUCUACCGCAUAAUAAAUAUAAAUUUCUCUACUUGUUAAAUAUUAAUGACAUAUUAUAAAUAUGUUAUCCCUAUGCUUCAGUGUUAAUUUUGUCAACUACAAGUUUAGUCAAAUUUUAGUGGACUAACAUUUUUGAGAUUUAGUCUACUAAAUCUAGACUAAAACUAAGACAAUUCAGAUUACUACAACUAGACUUAAACGGCUUUUUAGUCAAAAGACUAUGACUAAAACUAAAUAGAAAUUUGCCACCAAAAUUAACACUGGUCUGCUUAUAAGAUACCUGAGAAAUAACAGCAUGUUUUGCAUUGGCUCAUUGUGGCCUUGAUUAAAUAAAGCUUUUCAACUGAUUCAAUACUGUUAAACUUUUCAAAGGUUUUAUCUACAAAAAUUAAAAAAUUCCCAUAGACUAUAAAGGUUAUUUCUGUAUAUAAAUUAUCUGGAAAGCUUAGUAAAUUGAGGCCUAUGUUUGAACUCCCUAAAUAUCACAGCAAUAUCAAUACGUUAUCACUAAAAUUGUGAAAUAUUUUAUAUAUAUAUAUAUAUAUUUAUCAUCAGCAGAUUAUUCCUAAACUCAUUAAAGAUUAUUAUAAUUUAGAAAUAUAAUAAUAUGUUAUCCCGCCAUGUAUUCAUAUUUAAUUCCUCUUAUAUGUAUCAUUAAUCAACAGGUAAAAAUGCCAACAAAAAUAAUCAUUUUAAACAUAUAAUUACUCUAUAAUUUAUAAUGACAAACAAAUAGAUAUGUUUUUCAAAUAAAUUAAUUGUAUUUUAAUUUGUAAAAUGUCAGAGAAUUAGUAAUUUUAGACGUUAGUGUGAAAUGUCACUGUUUUAUGUGUGUGCCAGGAUAAUUGAUGGUGUUACAUAUGCUGGAGAAAUUAAGGAAAAAGAAGUUGCGAAGAAACAAUAUGACACAGCCGUGUCAAGGGGUCAAACCGCAGGUCUUGUUAGGUAAGUGUAACCCACUUUUUAAAAUCUAUUUAUUUAAAGGGACACUAGUGGGUGCAUGAGGAUGUUCUGGAUAUUGGGAGUUUAGGGGCUUUUGUGAGUGUUGUAGUCGGUAGGAAGGGAAAAGGGCUUGUGGAAAUGACUGUGAUGGGGAAAGGGGCAGUACUGGGAGAAUAGGAGCUGUGAUGUGGAUGAAGCAGUAGUGGGAUGAUGAUACAAUAUUAAAUUAUUUUAAGAUACAUGUUUAAUUAAAACACACACACAAAAAUUAUUCUUCCCUCCCUGAGGCUUACGCUUGGCAAGGGAGGAGGGAAUUUUGAUCUCUAGUGGGACUACUUGCUUGCGGUGGGUGCCAGCAGCUCUUUUCGGACGGUGCUAGGGAAUGUAUCAGAGCGAUGGCGAAGUAAUGAAUGGCAAUGCUCUGAUGUACUGCCUCCUACCCCUUGACAUCAAGAUGGUCUGGUCAGCAAGGAAUAUUUGUAAUUAUUCAAUAUAAUACCGCACUCCCCAUAUUGUAUUUGCAGAAUUGUUUUUUUGUUUUGUUCAUACUCUAUUACAGUACAGAGGUUUUUUUUUUUACCAUAACUUAGCUUGUCCAAUAAGACUUUAGCUUGUCCAAUAAGUAUCUUUCCAGGAGAUGUAUCAGGUUAUACGUUUGUGUGUGUAUUAUAUUAUUAGGGUGAUUUUUCUUGUAUGUUGUACUUCUUGAUGCACUUUAUGUAUUUACACACACAUCACAGUGGUAUGUUAAGAACUGAGUACUUUAGAUUUUUUUGGAAUGCAUGUCUUUUGAUUGUCCUAACAGCUAUGGGAACAGCCAACAGAGUGGAGGGAUUAUUGGGAUGGGCUGGGGAUGACCGAGAUGUCAUGGUCCAUAUUGGUACCAAUGACAAAGUCAGAGGAAAAUGGAAGGUCCUAAAGAAUGAGUUCAGGGAACUAAGAAGUACGCUAAAGAAAAGGACCUCCAAGGUAAUAUUUUCAGAAAUAUUAACUGUGCCACGUGCUACAGCAGAAAGGGAGUGGGAGAUUAGAGAGGUCAAUGUGUGGCUGAAGUCUUGGUGCAAGAAAGAGGGUUUGGGAUUUUUUAGAGCACUGGGCUGAUUUUGCACUUGGGUAUAACCUGUAUAGCUGUGAUGGAUUGCACCUAAAUGGAAGAGGAUCUGCUUUGCUGGGGAAUAGGAUGGCAAGAAAGUUGGAGGAGAUUUUAAACUAGUGGUGGGGGGAGGGACAUAGCAAUCUACAAUGGAGAGAUGACAGAAAGAAGAUGGGCUUUAGCAAAGCAUAAGCGGGGUGGAGAUGGGGAAGGGCAAGAAGAGAACAGGGGAGGUAUACAACAGAAAUAAAAUAUUUUGCACAAAGUGACUCAUGAUAAUAAGAAAUGUAUGCUUACUAAUGCAAGGAGCCUAAAUAACAAAAUGGGGGAACUAGAGGCAAUAGCAUACACUAAGCAAUAUGAUAUAUUAGGCAUAACAGAAACAUGGUGUGGUGAGACUCAUGACUGGGCAGUUAACUUAAAUGGGUACACAUUAUUUAGGAAGGAUAGGAAAACAAGAAGGGUGGUGGGGUAUGUUUGUAUGUCAACCAUGAUUUAAAGCCAAAUCUUAGGCAUGUGGAGUGUGACAAAGAAAACGUGGAAGCUUUAUGGGUAUAUAUCUGCUUGGGGCAAACAAAGGGAAAAAAAAUGGUUGGGAUAUGUUAUAAACCACCUAAUGUAAAUACUUAUUAGGAAGAACAGCUCUUAAAACAAAUUGGGAAAGUUUCACAUCUGGGUAACACAUUAAUUAUUGGAGAUUUUAAUUAUCCAGACAUAAAUUGUGAAAGAGGGACUAGUACUUCAGCAAGGGGCAUCAGGUUUUUGAAUGUGUUAAAUGACACCUUUAUGUCACAACUGGUACAAGCACCAACUAGAAAGGAUGCUUGUCUGGAUCUCAUUAUAACAAACAAUGUUGAUCUUUUAACCAACAUUCAAGUAGCGUAGCAUUUGGAAAAUAGUUAUUACAAUAUGGUAAUUUUUUAAAUAAACUCCAAAAAGCAAAAGCAUGUGGGGUAUACUGAAAUGUAUAAUUUAAAAAGGGCCAAUUUCAAUAAGAUUAGGGCAGCUCUACAACAUAUCGACUGGUAUAAACUCCUUAGUGAUAAAAACACUGAGGAUAAAUGGAAACUAUUCAAACCAAUAUUAGAAAGGUACAUUUCUCAGUAUGUACCAUUGAGUAAUAAAUAUAAAAGAAAAAAAUUGAAACCAAUGUGGCUUAGUAGUACAGUAAAACAAGAGCAAACAAAAGGAUAAUACACCCCCCAAAAAAUAUAUAUGAUCGCACACCAAAUACUUAACACAAUAUGAUGACCAUAGGUCAGGUAGAGUGUGGCGGAACCAACCUCGCCACUAUGCACUGUAGAAGCCUGGUUGCCAGCCUCCUGCCAUGUGACUAUGGCCCCUGGGAUGUAUUGCCCUUUAAAGACAUGAUUUGGGCAUAAUGGAUUUGUGUUGUGCUGCUGCUAGCCCUUUUAAGAACCAUCUGGGGACAUACUGUGGAGUUACUGGGUGGCCACCAUUUCCUGUAUCAGAAGCACAUGGUGAGAACAAUGGAUGGCGGCCAUUUUAACUCACAGACACUGUUUGGACUUUUCCACACUGUGCCAUCUCGCCAGUAUUUGUUGCACAAAGACAUCGUGCAGUGGUUUUGGACUAUACAGCAGGGGACACAUUAUACAGUGAUUGUUUUUUAUUUAGCCUCUAUAUGUUCUGCAGAAUCUGCAUUAAACUGUAUUUUCCAAAGUACUGAAUGGAUCUGGGUGAAUUUUGGAUAUGUGGUUCACCCAGAUCCCCCAGUUCCAAGGAUAUACUUUUUAUGGGGUUAUUGCAUGUUUUGGGGUUCCUGUGAUGUGUUUUAUGAAACUGUAUUUCUCUGGAUAAUUAGAUUACCCAUUGUGUUCAGUAAUCAUAUCACAGCCAGAGGGGAGGAUUUUGUGUGGGAGUGUCUGGGUGUAUUGUAUGGAUUGAUUGGCUGUUUUGUAACGCCCUGUGGGCUGUACUAUGUUUGUGGAUUGGGAAUAAAAGAGACUGUAUGUGACAGUACAGGGAGUUCCUGUUUUAACCCUCAAAGUGAAGUGUCAUCUCAUUAUUGGGGGAAGGAUUCAUUGUAUGCUGUUCCAGUUUGACUGCUAGGAGAGUAAACCUAUUCGUAUGGUUCCUAUUCAACUGUCUACAGCAUUCAUAUGCUUGGGAGAAUUUAUUUGUUUCUCCGGUUCGGUGAUUGUGGUGUCUGCUGCAGUGUUUGGAGUCCUCAGGAAGCGCUAGGAGCAUCCUUCAACGGAGGUACCCAGUCGGGGUGCCAGGUGAUCCGUUACAUAGAGCGAUCUAUAAACGAUAAAUAUAAAAACACAUAGUGCUCACUGUUUAAAAUAAAACAUAUAUUAAAACAGGUGAAAUAACACUCACACAGCUCGGAACCGUAUCAGGCUCUAUAAAGAGGCUCCAGGUGCCUAUACAGGCUACGAAGUAGAUGUAGAAGAGAUCGAUGGUCCAAAGAUGAAUCAAAUAGUAAACUUAUUGGACAUAUAUCAGAGAUACAAGUUAAAAACAAGUAAGCAGUGCCAACUAGGGAUUGUACACAAUAAAAAAGUAUGGCACCGCAGGAAAGCAACAAAUAGAAGAAAUAAAUAAUAUUAAUACAGUAUAAGGAGUCCCAAUAACAGCAGACGCAUUUCGACCCUCUCAGAGGUCUUCCUCAAUGCUGACUGUCUCUUCUUAGUUGUAGUUAUUUACCCCUUGAAUUGCCAAAAUCCGUAACAGGUGAGUUCCGCUUAUGACGUCACUUCCGGUUUUCAGGCCAAUACGUCAUAAGUCCGCAUAACGGAAGUAUAGAAAAUUGGCACAUUGUAACUUCGUCAUAUGUGGUAUAGGAGUCCCCAAAGUAUGGGCAAAAGUCAGAAAGUCCAUAUUACAUAAGGCAAAACAUAUAUACAGACAAACGUAAAAAUAAAUUCUUAAUUAAACAGCCAGAAAAUACACAGUAUAAAGAAUCACACCAGAAAUAAGCAUCUAGAGAGGUGGACCUUCAAUAUAUGGUAAAAAGUUGAAAAGGUUUUUUUUUUUCAAACAGGGCCAUCUGAAUAUUAGCAAACAAUAUGUAUAUAAACACAUGUUAGUAUAGAGCAUAGACACAACAUGGUGUGUUUAAUAAAUGCAAUUUUAGAAAUAGAGGGAAGAAAAAAACUGCAGAAAUGAUGGAUAAAUUAUUUUAAAAAAUGUUUUAAAACAUAAAAAAUUGGAAUAUUAAAAGAGCUGCUAAAAGUGACUUAAAAAAGAUGAUGUAUAAAAAACGAACUAAUUCAAAAUCCUAAUGAAUUCUUUUGGGGGCCAAAAAUCCAUAUUAAAAAUCGACCUCGUCUCUAUUUUACCUAGUUCUUUAAUUAAAGUUAUCCUCUCCCCUCCAGUUGUGUGUUUUUUUUUUUUUUUUUUAAAUAGCAAUAUAGUUAAGGAGGGUUGGGUCUUUAUUGUGUAAUUUAAAAUAGAAAAAAAUGGGCAGAAAUGCUGUGUUUUUCAAACCCCCUUCUUAUGUUACCCAUGUGUUCCACAAUAUGGACUUUAAGGCUUCUAGUCGUCAUCCCUAUAUAUUGCAGUCCACACUGGCACCACAGGAUGUAUAGUUUACACACAUAAAUGACAUUGUCAGCCAGGAUCAGAGUUCUUGGCUGUCAAUGUCACAUGUGAUGGGGUGCAACUUACCCCGAGCAAACAAUUAACAAUAUCUCUGAAUGCAGUGUUUGAAACAGAAACACUGUACAUAAUAACUUUUACCACCAUGACCACUUUAGUGUUCAUUGUGGUUGGGGUAAUCCUUUAAAAUCAUUACUUAUGUCCCAUCUCAGUGCCAUGCAAAUGGAAAUUGUAUGUCCCUUUUAAAUGUUUAAAUAGCAUGUGCCAAGUCAUGUCUACAGUCAUUAUAGGGGCUGAUUCAAUCCAGUUACUAAUCCACAUACCAAUAGAUCCCUUUGUUAAUUGGACAGACCCCAAAUAUUCCUAAUAUGUACUAGUGCUACAUAAUGUAAAGAACAAAAUGAAAUUCAACCAUUUAAUCUGCAAUAAUGUUUAUUUGAGGGUAUUGGUAAAGCAUCACCUACAACAGUUAUAACCAUCACCAUUUAAUAGCAGGGCCAGACUGAGACAAAAAUAGGCCUAGGCAUAUUUUUCCCUGGCUCUGACUCCCCACACCAUUUCUUGGUGACCUCAAAUAAAAAAAAGAUUGGUCCAGCAUUCUUAAAGAAAAAAAGAAAAGAUGCUUUAUUUAGUGCAUAGCAGGAAACAAAACAGUAUUUUGGCUCAUGUAUGAGCCAUUUUAAAGCUUAAAAACAGGUUCCUGUCUGAGAUAAAGUGUUGCCAUUUGUGUGUUUCCUGCUAUGCACUAAAUAAAAUGACACAUUAUUAUUUUUGAAACUAGUUGGACUAUUUUUUAUUAGGAAUUUAUUAAAGGGACACUAUAGUCACCUGAACAACUUUAGCUUAAUGAAGCAGUUUUGGUGUAUAGAACAUGCCCCUGCAGCCUCACUGCUCAAUCCUCUGCCAUUUAGGAGUUAAAUCCCUUUGUUUAUGAACCCUAGUCACACCUCCCUGCAUGUGACUUGCACAGCCUUCCAUAAACACUUCCUGUAAAGAGAGCCCUAUUUAGGCUUUCUUUAUUGCAAGUUUUGUUUAAUUAAGAUUUUCCUAUCCCCUGCAAGAGCCUCCUGUAUGUGAUUAAAGUUCAAUUUAGAGAUUGAGAUACAAUUAUUUAAGGUAAAUUACAUCUGUUUGAAAGUGAAACCAGUUUUUAUUUCAUGCUUUGUCAAUCAUAGCCAGGGGAGGUGUGGCUAGAGCUGCAUAAACAGAAAAAAAGUUAUUUAACUCCUAAAUGACAGUGAAUUGAGCAGUGAAAUUGCAGGGGAAUGAUCUAUGCACUAAAACUGCUUUAUUUAGCUAAAGUAAUUUAGGUGACUAUAGUGUUCCUUUAAUGGUGUGGCAGUCAAGGGGGACUACACAGUUACAUAUAUAGUUACAUAGUUACAUAGCUGAAAAGAGACUUGCGUCCAUCAAGUUCAGCCUUCCUCACAUAUGUUGUUGCUGUUGAUCCAAAAGAGGGCAAAAAAACCUGGUCUGAAGCGCUUCCAAUUUUGCCACAAACUAGGAAAAGAUUCAUUCUUGCCCCCAAAAUAGUAGUCAGAUGUCUCCUUGGAUCAAGCAGCUAUUACCCCACUAAUUAGAAAUUAUAUCCCUGUAUGUUAUGUUUUUGUAAGUAUUUAUCCAAUUUCAGUUUAAACAUCUGUAUGGACUCUGACAAAACCACCUUUUCAGGCAGAGAAUUCCAUAUCCUUAUUGUUCUUACUGUAAAAAAACCUUUUCUUUGCCUUAGAUGAAAUCUCCUUUCUUCCAGCCUAAAUGUGUGACCUCGUGUCCUAUGUAUAGCCCUGUUUAUGAAUAGAUUUCCAGAUAAAGGUUUGUACUGGCCCCGAAUAUAUUUGUAUAAAGUUAUCAUAUCCCCUCUCAGGCGCCGUUUUUCCAAACUAAACAGAUUUAAUUUUUUUAACCUUUCUUCAUAACUAAAAUGCUCCAUUCCUUUUAUCAAUUUUGUAGCUCGUCUCUGGACCCUCUCCAGUGCUAUGAUAUCCUUCUUUAGAACAGGCGCCCAAAAUUGCACAGCAUAUUCAAGGUGUGGUCUUACCAGCGAUUUAUUUAUUUUUUUAAAUUCUUUAUUUUUGUAGUGCAUGGAGGUAUAACAAAUGAGCAUGUGGUACCCCAACGGCAUUCCUCAUGCUUUUCAAGUAACAAUUGUAACAAUAGGGUAUAUGUUAAUACGUGCACAUUUUAUAUGUUAAAUUAUUAUGAAGCUUGUCAGUCAGAUUCAACAACUUGGUAGUGUUUAGACAGGCUUAGACAAUGUGAGAACAUCUUUAAAUUUAAACAGGCUAAAGCUUACGUCAUAGUGAAUACGUUAUAUUAAGCAGUGGGUGAGUAUGUAUAUCUACAUUUAGAUAAUUUUUGACAGCACAAUUUUAUGAAUAAUAGAUGAAAGGUAGCAAAGUUGAAGCUAUGCAACUACGUCUGUCUCAUUACAUUACUUUGUCAAUUAAUAACAGUGGCUUAAUAUUUACGUAGCGUGUCAUCGCUUUACUAUCUAGACAUCGUCCUGGUUAUGCUUGACUACGCAUAAGUGAGAGGCAUACAUUUUAUGCAGCAACUGCUGGACUAAGUAGUCAUGACAUGCAGUAGAUAAGACAGAAGGUUUGUGUUUCAGGUUAUGAUAGAGUAAGCAAUGCUGACUACCGAGAAACAUGUAAUGCAAUUAAGGUUUCCAGUUUAACUAAGAUUCUCAUUAAAACAAGGUGCCACCAGGCAGGGCAUCUUACAUUCCGCUGUUUCCUCUAUACAUAUAAAGCUUAACCACAAAUUGACUAUGUACAAGGUUGUGUGCAGAGGGUGUGAAGGUUAUUCAGUGACUGCAAUUACAGUGCUAUCUGAUGUGGUUAGUCGUGGCAUACCAUACUUUAUGCUUCUUAUUAUGAAUGACUGGGGUCACCGCCAGCUCCAUCUCGGCGCAAAGCAUGAGAUAGUUGGGUCGUACACAAAUGGAAAGAGAUAUUUCAAUCAUCUUGCUAAACUCAGUUAAUAAAAAAAAAAUAAAAAAAGGAAAAAAGAAAAAAGCUAAUAUGUGGGAUGUAUUUCCUAGUGUGGUGUGCCUUGUCAAGUCUAGCUAAAACAAUAAACACAAAACUUAAGUUAACUUAAAUUAACAAUGCAAAGUAGCUUGGGGGCCUUUCCAGUCUCCCUUGGUCCCGGUCAGGACGUCUCUCGAUGCUUCAUGUGGUCACUGUAGCAUACGGUUCCCCUCUGUUUCGUCGUGGUGUAAACGGGGCAAUUUUGCUUGGGUUCCAGGUAUGCUUGUGUCUGGGUUCAGGUUGUUGCUGAGGGUUGACUAGAAUGUCCUGCGGUAGUCCCAAAUUCCCCAGGAGUGUGCCUGCCUCUCGUAGUUCCUGGAUUUGGUGUGUGGUCUCUCCAUGUAUGAUCUGGAGCAUGCGGGGCAUUCGCCAGCGGUACUCUAUGUUGCGCUGUUGGAGCAUGGAUGUAAGGGGCUUGAGCGACCUCCGCCAGGCCAUUGUGCUGCCGGACAAGUCACUAUAGAAUUCCAGUGCCAUGUUUUCAAAGCGAUAAUUUGGCCUACCCCUGAUUGCCUUCAGGAUCGCCGUCUUGUCUGUUCCGUGCCUGAAUUGAAUUAUCAGGUCACUUGAUGUCGACGGUGGGGCUCUGGCUGGUUUGGGGAUUCGAAAAAGCCCGUCCAGGGGUGUUGCUUUUGCCUGUUUUUGUGGUAGUAGAUCCCCCAUCAUUCUCCGCACCAAGUGUGGCAGCUCCGCUUCGGGGACAGCGUCGGGCACCCCCCGGAGUUUCAAAUUAUUCCUCCGCCGUAGAUCUUCUAGGGUUGCAAAGCAAUUCGUGGGUCUGGUUCUGCCGCUGGAGGUCCUGCACCGCUUUCUCCAGCACCUGUAUAUGCUGAGAGUCCUGGUGAGUGGUGGUUUCUAGCUUGUCGAUUCGGCCUGUUAGUCCCUGCAGCCCUCCCCUGAUUGUGGCAAUGUCAGCUUGCAGGGUGGUCUGUAGGUCGGCAAGGAGACCCUUUAGCACCGAUAGUGUGACCGGGGAUGUGUCCGGUUUCGUUGGCGGGGGUUUAGCCGGCGUGAGUUCAGGUGUCUCUUUAUCUUCCGAGGCCAGGUCGUCUGAAAAAUCGGAGCAACCGCCCGACAGGGCGGCCAUCUUGGGCCCGAACGCGCCAUGUGCUAAGCGCCACAUUUCACCGAUAUUCAUCCCAAGGUGAGGUUGAUCCUGCUUGGGUUUUUUUGUUUUACGUCCCAUAGUUGUCAGGUGCGACGGGUCCAUACGGGUCCGACGUCUGGGGUCUCGGUAUAGCAGGUAAUGGCCCUGAAAAUUGCGAUUUUGUCCGCUUUUGGGUAGGAGCUGCAGUGUCGUGCGACUUCUCUCUUUGGUGGCUAAGCUCCGCCCUUACCAGCGAUUUAUAAAGAGGCAAAAUUAUAUUUUCAUCCCGAGAAUUUAUGCUCCUAUUUAUACAUGACAAAAUCUUACUGGCCUUAGCAACUGCAGAUUGACAUUGCAUAUUGCUGCCUAAUUUGUUGUCUAUAAUAAUUCCCAAAUCCUUCUCGUGUGUGGUUAUCCCUAAUUCACUACCGUUUAGUGUGUUGCUUGUGCAUUCUUAACCCCGAAGUGCAUAACUUUGCAUUUCUCUGUUAAAUUUCAUCUGCCAUUUUAGUGCCCAGUCCCCCAAUCUAUCCAAAUCUCUCUGCAGCAAAGCAAUAUCCUGCUCACAUUUUAUUACUUUACAAAGUUUUGUGUCAUCUGCAAACACUGAUACAUGGCUUUCAAUGCCUAUUAUAAGAUCAUUUAUAAAUAUGUUAAAUAGAAGUGGUCCCAAAACAGAACCCUGAGGGAAAACACUUACCACUUUUGCCAGCCUGAAAAUUUACCAUUAAUUACAACUCGUUGUACUCUAUCCUUAAGCCAAUGUUCUACCCAAGAACAAGAAUAUUCAUCUAGACCAAUUUCUUUUAGUUUGAAGACUAACCUAUUGUGAGGAACCGUAUCAAAUGCGUUGGCAAAAUCCAAGUAGAUCACAUCCAC